UGGAGCCCCCCUCAGACUUGAAAUUUACCAUUCUAAAUGAGGACACAGUGCAAAUGUCAUGGAGAAAACCAUCGCAUAGGAUACAGGGCUACAGAAUACAAGUUGUAUCGGAUACAGGUUUGUAUUUAUUGAUCUCAUCAGUUCAUUGAUGUUUGCCUUACUAGUUAUAGCUUUUCAUGCCAAGCCGAAUGAUCAUUUUCACCAACUCUAAUGGCAACCGAUUCUCUAUAUCCCAGAUGAACCAGCCAGAGAGAUAAGCCUCCCAGCCACUGCUACAAAGACGUCUAUUACAGACCUAACUCCUGAUCUGGACUACUCAGUGUCCAUCAACUCCUAUGAUGGCACAGAGGAGAGUAUACCCAUCUUUGGCCAGCUCACUAGUAAGUGUUCAAGAUUCUGAUGCUGUUACAAGGUAAAAAAUAACUUUUGGAAAAUCCGAUGGCUUUCUCAAAAGGCUGAAAUGGACUGAUAUGAAAAGGGUUAUUCAGUCAUAAGGAACAAUGGACCCAUUACAUGUUUAUAUGUAUGUGAUUGGUAUCCCAUUGAAGAGGAUUGAUGAUUUGUUGAUUGUCUUGGAUUUAUUCCCCCUACAUGGCACACAGGAUAUCAUGAUAACAGUCCAAAUUCUCUUGUGUUUCAGUUCAGUCCAGUAACACAAGUGAAACAGAAAGGAGGCCGCCGACUUCAGAUGCAAUCAGUAAGCAUGAUUUUACGUCAAUGUCAACCCAUCUGUGCCAUGCCCAUUGCCUGUCCACAUAGCUUUACGAUCUUGCCAGUCCAUUUUUUUUGUUUUUCCAUGGACUUCCAUUAUAAUCAUAAUAUUGUUCCCUGGAAUAAUUUCCUCAGCCUCAAAUACCCCUUCUGUACUGCUGAGUGUCAAUAUUUGAGCAGAAAGGGGGUUCCGACAGUGGCUGAGAAUUAGUUCGUAAUUGAAAACAGUCUUCACAUCAAAAUCUAAGAAUGAGAGGGUUCUGUUAUGCAUCAUGGAGGCAACCUGGUUCCUUUUGUUCUCGCAUAAUCCAAGCAGAAGGAUGACGUCACUGUCGUGCCAGCUCUGUGCAUUUCCGUCUUUUUAAAUGUUGAAAGAAGUGGAAAGGAUUACUGCUCUGACCAGAAGUCCUUUUACUGGAGUUCUGUGCCUCUCUGUGAGUUCAGUCUGUGGACUGACAGGGAGACAUGCUCACUUUUUCCCGCACCAUGUACGCUUUGGGUGGAAAUUGAACCCAGAGGUCCAGAUGGUCCAAAAACCUUUGCUCCUAGAUGCUAUUUCUGGUGGAACGCUCAUAGCACUCUUUCACAAUUGACCUAAUUGGCCAGAUAAAUCCGUAGAACUUGAUAUUUGAUGUUUUGUCAAGAAAUCUUCAAAAGUCGUGAAUAACAAGAUGUGAGAUGGAUAUUGAGUCAAGUAGACCUACGGGAUCUAAGAUUUGAGACAUUCAUAGAAGUCCUGCCAAUUAUUGCAAUGCAGUCAUCUUGGAUGUUACAGCGAAUCUGAACGAUCCAUUAUUUUUUUCUUAAACAUGGGGGUUUGAAAACAUAAAACCAAACAAUGCAGCUGAAAGUUUAAGUGAUUAUGUGGUCCAUAAAAACACAUUUUUGUCUUCAUGUCUGUUGGAAUACCAUCUGUCAGAGACUGUCUAUCAGAUAUACAGUAUUCAUUAGAGUAGCGAAAAGGUGUGCCAAUCUGCCAGAUUGUGUCCAGACAAUUGAUUGUGUUCCUGCUCUACCCCAUCCCCCUCUCCACCCCUCCAGAGUGUUCAGUCAGUGCCAUAGCAGACCUGGUCUUCCUGGUGGAUGGCUCCUGGAGCGUUGGCAGGGAAAACUUCAAGCACAUCCGCAGCUUCAUCAGUGCUAUGGCUGGGGCCUUUGAUAUCGGACAGGACAAGACCAGGGUGGCUGUGGUCCAGUACAGCACAGACACCCGCACUGAGUUCCUCCUCAACCGCCACUCCAAACGAGGAGAGCUGCUCAGAGCCAUCAACACCCUGCCCUACAAGGGAGGAAACACCAUGACAGGUAUACAUGAUAGGAGGGACUAGACAGCAUGGAUAUACAGUACUGGCAAUGUUUUGUAAGUUCUUGCUAGACUGAAUCCUAACUUGAGAUCCGUGUGUGUAACUAGAACAAGUCUUCCAUUGAUUUACGUACAUGUUCUGGUUACGCGCUUGUUCUCAAGUUAGGCUUCCGCCCACAGACAGUAAAUGUUAUACAGUGAGGGAAAAAAGUAUUUGAUCCCCUGCUGAUUUUUUACGUUUGCCCAAUGACAAAGACAUGAUCAGUCUAUAAUUUUAAUGGUAUGUUUAUUUGAACAGUGAGAGACAGAAUAACAACAAAAUAAUCCAGAAAAACGCAUGUCAAAAAUGUUAUAAAUUGAUUUGCAUUUUAAUGAGGGAAAUAAGUAUUUGACCCCUCUCAAUCAGAAAGAUUUCUGGUUCCCAGGUGUAUUUUAUACAGGUAACAAGCUGAGAUUAGGAGCACACUCUUAAAGGGAGUGCUCCUAAUCUCAGUUUGUUACCUGUAUAAAAGACACCUGUCCACAGAAGCAAUCAAUCAAUCAGAUUCCAAACUCUCCACCAUGGCCAAGACCAAAGAGCUCUCCAAGGAUGUCAGGGACAAGAUUGUAGACCUACACAACGCUGGAAUGGGCUACAAGACCAUCGCCAAGCAGCUUGGUGAGAAGGUGACAACAGUUGGUGCGAUUAUUUGCAAAUGGAAGAAACACAAAAGACCUGUCAAUCUCCCUCGGCCUGGGGCUCCAUGCAAGAUCUCACCUCAUGGAGUUGCAAUGAUCAUGAGAACAGUGAGGAAUCAGCCCAGAACUACAUGGGAGGAUCUUGUCAAUGAUCUAAAGGCAGUUGUGGUCAGAUGAGACCAAAAUUGAGCUCUUUGGCAUCAACUUAACUCGCCGUGUUUGGAGGAGGAGGAAUGCUGCCUAUGACCCCAAGAACACCAUCCCCACUGUCAAACAUGGAGGUGGAAACAUUAUGCUUUGGGGGUGUUUUUCUGCUAAGGGGACAAGACAACUUUACCGCAUCAAAGGGACGAUGGACGGGGCCAUGUACCGUCAAAUCUUGGGUGAGAACCUCCUUCCCUCAGCCAGGGCAUUGAAAAUGGGUCGUGGAUGGGUAUUCCAGCAUGACAGUGACCCAAAACACACGGCCAAGGCAACAAAGGAGUGGCUCAAGAAGAAGCACAUUAAGGUCCUGGAGUGGCCUAGCCAGUCUCCAGACCUUAAUCCCAUAGAAAAUCUGUGGAGGGAGCUGAAGGUUCGAGUUGCCGAACGUCAGCCUCGAAACCUUAAUGACUUGGAGAAGAUCUGCAAAGAGGAGUGGGACAAAAUCCCUCCUGAGAUGUGUGCAAACCUGGUGGCCAACUACAAGAAAUGUCUGACCUCUGUGAUUGCCAACAAGGGUUUUGCCACCAAUACUAAGUCAUGUUUUGCAGAGGGGUCAAAUACUUAUUUCCCUCAUUAAAAUGCAAAUCAAUUUAUAAAAUUUUUGACAUGUGUUUUUCUGGAUUCUUUUGUUGUUAUUCUGUCUCUCACUGUUCAACUAAACCUACCAUUAAAAUUAUAGACUGAUCAUUUCUUUGUCAGUGGGCAAACGUACAAAAUCAGCAGGGGAUCAAAUACUUUUUUCCUUCACUGUAUUACACUAAAAAGUUUUAAGAAACGCUAUGUUCUUAUAGGUAAAACAUUUUACACUCUGUGUCUAGGGGACGCCUUGGACUACCUGCUGAAAAACAUAUUUACGGAGGCGGCCGGCGCCAGGAAAGGCUUUCCAAAGAUAGCCAUGAUCAUCACAGAUGGAAAAUCCCAGGACCCAGUGAAGGAGUACGCUAAACGACUCAGGAACAUUGGAGUGGAAGUAUUUGCCUUAGGUACUGUAUGUUUUACUGCUGAAUGCUACUCUCUCUUGAGAACAUCCCUAUAAUGCUUUUAGUUUUUGAAUUUCUGGAGAUUCCGUAAUGGCUGAUUUCCACAGUACUCCAUUUCUCAGGUUAACUUCUGAGAUGUUUUAAACCAUUUAGGCAUCAAAGGAGCAGAUGAGGAUGAACUGAAGGAAAUGGCCUCAACUCCCCACAGCAUACAUGUCUACAACGUACCUAACUUUGAUAUGAUCAAGGCAGUGCAGCAGAAGCUCAUCAUUCAGGUGUGCUCCGGUGUGGAAGACCAGCUCAACUCUCUAGUGAGCGGAGAUGAUGGUAAGACAUUAUAGAUUAUGCAUUACAUCACAUUUCCAUGGUUUGAUUUAAAUCUUCACUUAUUUCAAGUACAUUGUCUAUAGAUGCUAAAUGUAACGAAUCAACAACAACAACUAUGUAACUGUAAAUGUAUUGCUAAAGUGUCUUCCGACCAUACUACAGUACAUUCCAACCUCAACAGUGUUUAUUUGUUCUGUCUCUAGUGGUGGAACCAGCCUCUAACCUCCAGGUGCUUGAGAUCUCCUCUAAGUCCAUGAGGGUGACGUGGGAUGCCUCUCUAGGGGAGAUCACGGGCUACAAGCUGAUCCUGAUGCCCAUGAUGGCUGGGAUGAAGCGCCAGGUGGUAUACGUGGGGCCCACCCAGACCACUGUCAACGUCCGGGACCUGUCCCCAGAGACCGAGUACGAGAUCAGUCUGUUCGCCCUGAAGGGUCUGACCCCCAGUGACGCUGUUCUGGCCAUGGAGAAGACUCAGCCCGUUAAGGUUUCACUGGGUGAGAUAAUGCUCUGUAAAAGCAUAUCAGCGAUCCAGUCCCUCACUUACUCACUCACUCACUCACUCACUCACUCACUCACUCACUCACUCACUCACUCACUCACUCACUCACUCAUUCAUUCAUUCAUUCAUUCAUUCAUUCAUUCAUUCAUUCAUUCAUUCAUUCACUCACUCACUCACUCACUCACUCACUCACUCACUCACUCACUCACUCACUCACUCACUCACUGAAACAUUACAUUGUUGCUAUAAAAAAGAUUUCACAAUGUAGAACAUAUACAGAAGGUAUCUAAUGUACUUUCCUCCCCAGAAUGCUCUCUUGGAGUGGACGUACAGGCUGACGUGGUCCUGCUGGUUGAUGGCUCUUACAGUAUCGGAUUACAAAACUUUGCCAAGGUCAGAGCUUUCCUGGAGGUCCUGGUCAACUCCUUCAACGUCGGGCUCGACAAGAUACCGGCUCAGCUUAGUCCAGUAUAGCAGAGACCCCCACACCGAGUUCGCCCUGAACACCUAUAAUGACAUUGCUUCAGUGGUCAAGGCUGUCCGGACGUUCCCCUACCGCGGAGGCUCCACCAACACUGGCAAGGCCAUGAACUACGUCAGAGAGAAGAUCUUUAUCCCCACCCGAGGGUCUCGCGACAGUGUCCCGCGUGUCAUGGUCCUCAUCACUGACGGGAAGUCCUCUGACUCCUUCAAGGACGCUGCCACCAACCUGAGGAAUAUAGACGUGGAGAUCUUUGCUGUGGGUGUGAAGGACGCUGUGAGGUCCGAGUUGGAAGCCAUUGCUAACACCCCGGCAGCCACCCACGUGUACACUGUGGAGGACUUUGAUGCUUUCCAGAGGAUCUCCAAGGAGCUCACACAGUCCAUCUGCCUCAGGAUCGAACAGGAGCUCCUCAACAUCAAGAAGAGGAGUGAGUAGCCAUUUAACAUACCCUUAUAACAAAGGACCAGGUUUUUCUUGGUCUGGGCAUGUGGUCAACAAAAACUCCUAGGCCUACUCAUAACACAUACCCCUGUUUGAAGUUGAGCAUGCUUACCAUGGACUGUACAUGUACCUGUAACUAUAGCUGUAUAAUCAUACAUGCUGGUUAACUUUAGUGGCAGCUGCUAAGGGACCUCAAACUCCAUACAGUCUAUUGUAAUCCGUUAUUUGCGAUGUGGUACAGCAGGUCAAACUGAGCUGUGCUACUGAAAUAGUGAUGUCACGAUGUAAUUACAUCUACACAACACAAAAAGGCUGAGUAAUAAUUCUUAAUCUUAUAUUUCACAAUGCCUUGGGUCUGUUUCAGGCAGACAAAAGUGAGGCAUAUUCAUUGUUUUAACUUUCCCUGACUGAGCACACUGCCUCCAAAAUACCACAGAACCAUAUGCCUGCAUCUCAGGGGAGCCCGUUACACCAUUUGUUAUCGUUUACGGUUUUUAAACACUAUAGUAACUGACUGGAUAUUUUUAUUCUGACCUAAUUGUCCUGCUAAUUCAAAGACCACUUGUCUCUGAAAGGCAGCAGGACUGUAGAUGGUUUUUAACACUAUGGUAGCAUGACAUGAGUUUCUCUGCUGCACAUAUUGGUAAUGACCCCCCUGUCACAAGAACACAGAACGAUUAGGCAUUGGCAUUGUCCAGGGGUUUGUAAUAUGAAUGUGUUGCAACCCUGUCGACUGAAUGCAUAAUGCUAGCAUACGAGGAGCGUUUCCUAUUGCUAAGACACUCAUGAAAAAUAAAUGUUGAGAGAGGGAACUGUGAACGAAGUGGAAUGAGUUCAAAUAAUUGGUUCCAUUCCAGCUUUUCUGAAUGAAUAAGAUGGACAGUUCUCCUUAAUGUUAUCAAAAGCCAUUAUUAUGACGUUGUCUAUGAGGACAAAACACAAACCAGUCAUUUAAUUGUGUUUUAUCCCUCUCAUCAGGUCUGAUUGCACCCAGGGACCUGGUGUUCUCUGAGGUGACGUCUAGAAGCUUCCGUGCCACCUGGGCCACCGAUGCCACCAACGUUAUGUCCUACCUGGUGCGUUUCCGUAAGGCCGAGGACAUCACUGAGGAUUACAUCUCCCUGGCUGUGCCAGCCGACACCACCAGCGCAAUCUUGCCACACCUCACUCCCCUCACCACCUACGAGGUCAACGUGUUCGCCCAGUACGACAAAGGAGACAGUUUCCCUCUGUCGGGGGAGGAGACCACUCUGGAAGGUAAGGGCUUAAAAGCGUACACGUUCAGGGGUUUCACAGUGUAAGCAAGUGAAGAGAUAUAUGUUUUAGUGCUUUUGUUUUUUCACAAGAAACUUACAUGGCUUCUUCAAGUUGCCUCCUUUAGAUGCAAAAUCAUUCAAUCGGUUAUCCAGAGUCUUUAUCCUUAAAAGUUAUAUUGACAAGCCACUGCUAAACAAACCUAAACGUUCUCCCUUCCAGAGCAAGGGACGGUGCUGGGACUGAGUGUGUCUGAAGAGACAACGGACAGUUUCCGGGUGUCGUGGCUGGCGGCACCAGGAGCCGUGGUGAGGUACCGGUUGUCCUAUGUCCCCAUGACGGGGGGAGGAGAGAGGCUGGAGGCCCAGACCAACGGACCUGACACCACCAUCGUGCUCCAGGAGCUGUUCCCUAUCACCACCUACAGCGUGUCAGUGUCUGCAGAGUACACCUCCGGCUUGGGAGACGAGAUGCAGGUGGACGGAACCACCAAGGAAGGUCAGUCAGUUAGCCAGCAUGGCUAUUAACAUUUAAAUUCCUUACCUGUAGCUAAUGCAGUUUUUUACUGUACAUAAGUGAAGAUGCAGUAAUUGGUUGACCCAUAUGUGUCUUUUCCCCCUCAGUCCGUGGUUCUCCCCGCGAUCUCAACGUCUUCAAUGAGACCGUGUCCAGCAUGAUUGUGUCGUGGCGGGCCGCUCCCGGGAACGUCCUCCAGUACCGCGUGGCCUUCAAACCAGCCGACGGCACCGGGGAGAGGAAAGAAAUCGCUGUGAAGGGAGACACUACCGUGGCCCUGCUGAAGAACCUCCAGCCUGCUACUGAAUAUGAGCUGUUUGUCAGUGCCCGGUACACCUCUGGGCUGGGAGACCCCCUCCUGGGUACAGGCACCACCCUGGAAGGUACAGUAACAACUCUCUUGUGUCUGUCUUUAUUAUGACUGUCUGCUCUUUGGCUGCUUUGAAGCAUGGGGUUGUGUUUCUUUGACAGCUGAUGUGAGAGAAAGUGUGAAAAUUUGCUUGAGGCCAUCUUCAAAGUGAGUGUCUAGACUGGCCAUCUCUGUGCACUGUGUACUGCAUUGUGUCCUGCUCCACCGAGUGGCGCAGUGGUCUAAGGCACUGCAUCGCAGUGCUAGCUGUGCCACUAGAGAUCCUGGUUCGAAUCCAGGCUCUGUCGUAGCCGGCCACGACCGGGAGACCCAUGGGGCGGCGCACAAUUGGCCCAGCGUCGUCCAGGGUAGGGGAGGGAAUGGCCGGCAGGGAUGUAGAGCAUGGCGUUUGCAAUGCCAGGGUUGUGGGUUCAAUUCCCACGGGGGGCCAGUAUGAAAAAAUAAAAAUAAAAGAUAAUGUAAGUCGCUCUGGAUAAGAGCGUCUGCUAAAUGACUAAAAUGUAAAUGUAAAUGUAAUUGUGUAUGCCUCUGUUUCUUAACCUUCCAUUUUUUGUAAAGGGAUAAAAAAAAGAAAAUGUAUUGUCUUUGUUUUCGGAAUACGAUGUAAAAGUCUUUAGAAAAACAUACUGCCCUAGAAAUCCUUCCUAGAUAUCUCAGGAUACCUCUUCUCUGACUCAGUGUAUAAGGGAAACUGUGCAAAAGCUGGAAUGUGGCACAGACAGACUGUAGGUUAGCUCUGCUUUACCGCCCAUGAAGCUGGGAGAGAUGGAAAUGAGUGGGUGUACUCUCGUAAACCUAAAAAAGCUCCUGGAACAGCCAACACAUGCCAUGCUAGGCUAGCUCAUGCAGUUUUAUACACUCCGGGGACAUAUGGUUUAUUAGAGAUUAUUUUAUGUGGCACAUGGGGAGUUGUAUAAUUUUUUUUCGAUAUCACUUUUAACGAUUUGUAAACCAUUUGGGUAAGCAAUGCUGCUGAUCAUAGAUGGCUAACUCUGCUAUUCUUCUAACUAAGAUCCUCAACCAUAGACCUUGAUGUAUACGUAGGCCUACGUCUUCAAUAUUAUAAACAGCAACAUUAGCCAAAAUGUACCAAACCCUUUGAAGACUAUACCACUCUCUCUAACCCUAGGGGAUAGUGUUAGAAAGCUGACCAUUAGUCAGGACUGACAUGCAGUGAAUUAGUGUGAGGAACAUCUGUUAAUGCUAUAUAGGCUUUUCUAGCUCUGCCUAGAGGAGAACCUUCAGACCAGCAGGAGGUUAUGGUCCGGGUCACGCUGGCUUGGUCCCCAGGGUGCCCAACAACCACAAAGACCACUGUAUCUCACAAGCCAGAACUAACAUGCCCCCACAAUCCAUUCUGCUCGUGGCAGCCCAAUCACUGGUCUCUGGAUAGCUUUAUGACAUUAGUGGAGUUCCAUUCUGAUCAGGGUGGUCUAGGAGAGAAAGCUCUGGGGAGGGGAGGCCCAACUAGGACUGGGGUCAGGCACUCAGGAGGCUGUAUGUGCUGUGCUUUAGUUUGGUUUGGGGGUCAGCAGUAUGUUGUGUUUGAACUAGAGAUCAAUAGUCCUUGUCACUGGACGAUCACUCGAAUGGAAAUGAAUUGAGGGCAGAGAGGUUUUUGUUGUUGUUGUACAGAUAGAACUUCAACCCUAACUGGCUCUGAGCAAGAGUGUCACCCUCUCUCAUUCAGAGGCCAAGUUGAAUGCAGGUAGUGGAUGCCAAAUGGUCUCUCCUCUCAAAAGCAGUUUGAGCCCACGAUACAUCAAAGCUUAUAUCACUCAUCAUGACCAAAGAAUGAGAGUCCUUGUCUCUCAAUGUCCUUGUUGUCUCUCCUACAUAAAUGUCACUAAUGACAUCAUUUCUAGCAGAUCAAAUGGCUUCUACACAAGAAAAUAUCAGAAGCAUUAUCCUACACUUGAGGACAAUGGAGAGGUAUCCUGCUAUGGAGUAUCAUGUAGCUAUUUUCAGUUCACAAGCUGAAUGGUGCACAUUCAUUCUUUCUCCAUGGGACUCUCCUGCCUGGGGCUACCUUCUCCCCCUUCUUUGACAACAAAGCUGACCUCCUUUGUCCACCUCUGGACCUCCAGCCCGGGCAUGGUCAGAAGGUCAGAAGUCGGAUGCUGAGUUUCAGUUAUGCUGACUCAUUAGCCCUAGCCUCCCACCAGAAUAGAACCAGUGUCUGGACCCCUUUCUGUGCUCCAUGACAAAGCAUUUGUUCUGGUUGCAGCAGCAAAGCUUGACGUCAGAACAACAGGCCAACACUGAUCUCAUUGUUUAGGGUGACACAGACUUCCAGUCAUCGACCGUGUGAGUUAGCCUAUGUAGGCAGACCUGGGGAACCCGGAGACACAGUCAAGCUGUGUGGUAGAGAAUGCCAACAGGCUGAUGGAGACAAUAGCACCCCCUGUGGCAAGCUUACUGUAUGUUGAGCCUACUACUUCCUGAUUCCUGACCACUAAAGAUUGGCUUGAUUAAUGGAGUCAACUCUGGCCCCGAAUCAUGGAAAGUGGGGGCUGAGUAAUUGCUGAGAUUCAUAUUCCAAAUGUGAGCCUUUAGAAAACAAAAUGGUGAGAAUAUGUAUUAAAGCGGGGAGUCUUUCUCACAUGUGUUAGGUUUUACCUAGGAGGUACUGUACUUCAAAGCUGUGAGCGGUCGAGUGCUGGCUGGUUCCUCCAGCAGAUAACUGACUGUCCACUUCCUCCCAGGCCAGGGAGGGGCCCAAAGAACAUGGAAAGAGAAAGAGCAGAGAGAACAUACGCCACACGAAACCCAGUUUGAAGAACAAAGAAUAAAUAAACGUUUACUUCUGUUUUGGGUCGGUGGGCAAAAAUAUGUUUUCGAUAAAACUCUUAAAGGCCCAGGGCAAUCAAAUCGUGAUUUUCCUGUAUUUAUAUAUAUUUCCACCCUAUGAUGUUGGAAUAAUACUGUGAAAUUGUGAACAUUAUCAUAAUGUUUUGGCCUGCCUGGUGACAUCCCCAGGUGCUAAAUUAGUUAAUAAACCUCUGUGCCAAUAACAGCUAGUUUAACAUGUUCCUGUCCCCAUUCAGACCACUCCCAGACAGUCCUAGCUAAAUUCUUGCUUGAGAAAUUGCUCUUUGCUAAGAAGCUUAAUUUUUUAAACAAUUUUAAUUGAAAACAAUCACACUAAGGUACUUAAUUGCUACCCAGAAGUUAUUUGAUAUUGAUAUAAAAACUGCUGCAUUGGACCUUUAAAGUGGGGUGAAACGGCUGCCUGAAAUUUCAGCCUGUUGUGGUGGGAUAGAGUUUUUUUUUGUCCUGCCUGGUGCAUUGGACAUUUGAAGAGCAGUUUGGUGUACAUAUCACUAGCUACACUAUAUACAUUGAGCUCCAAAAGUAUUGGGUCAGUGACACAUUUUUUGUUUUGUGCAGAAUAAUGAUGACUGAGAAAGUUACAGAUGCAUGAAUAUAAGACAUGCUAACCUCUCACCAUUACAAUAACAGGGGAGGUUAGCGUUUUUGGGGGGUAUGAUAUUUGUGCGUAUUUGUGCGUCUCUCAUCAUUAUUCAUGAUUCAUUCAGGACUAUCCGUAAUCAUGGUAGCAUCCAUAUUAAUGUAGAAGUGUUUAGAAACAUAUUAUUUUCUUAUUUACAAUAAAAGUGACUCAAAAAUGACACAAUUCAUUAUUUACUGUUAAUUUCUGUUUGGGCACAAAAUAAUCUGAAACACAACCAAAACAAACAGCAAAUGCAUCCAACAAGUUUUUACAGUCACAAGCUUAAUGUAAUCAUUGGUCCCAUAAAAUUACAAUACCCUCAAAUUAAAGCUGACAGUCUUCACGUUAACCUUAUCAUAAUUGUAUCAUUUCAAAAGUGCUUGAGUACAGAGCCAAAACAAUAAAAAUGUGUCACUGUCCCAAUACUUUUGGAGCUCACUGUAUGCUGUACAAGCUGCAAAGCACAGUCAUGAAAGGACAUAGCUAGCUGGUGUGCAAGUAGCUGGAGACAAUAAUGUGCAAUGCAUUUGCACAGCUAAUGUUGAGUGACUGUUUGUCUGAGGGCAUAAGAGUUGAGGUUUUCAGUAGUAAGCAUUUCAUGGGCCACAGAGUGUGGCGUGAAACCAGGUGAAUUCAUAGCCGCUUGAGUUAAUUUCCUUUCAUGACGAUCCCUUUGGAAACUGGGCUCCUGGCGGGGCGGUGAUUUGCCAGGCUCAGUGUCGCAGCGGAGCCAGUAGCAGCUGUUUUUCCUCCAGACUGAAGGUCCUUCUAGGCAAAAGGGCAGAGCAGUGCAUCCCUCACAUGCUGGUGAACCCUGUGUCUUUACCGUGGUCUGGCCUACACAGAGCCUAGGUGGACCAGGCUCCAGGGCAGUUAAAUGAAGGAACUGCAAAUGGGAGUGCCAGGCCUAAAAUGGCACUUGGGAGGAAUAGUGGGUUUGAUGGAUUCUCUUUAGACCAGCCAUCUGGAAAGAGCUGUUCUCAAAUCAGACUGAACUAAACUGCUGAUCUGUAAAUUGAAGUGAGUUUCUCCAUUUCCAAUGGCAUUUCUUCUUUACCUGUGUGCUCAAGAAGUAGAACAGUCUGUAGGCUGUUUGUUGGACAAAAAAGUAUGUACUGUAUGAAUGCAGUCAAUGCAUGCUAUUAUGUUACAUUGAUAAGAGCGCUAUUUGUGUCCACAUGUGAGCGGAGAGGGUGAGCAUUUUAUAUACUUUUCAGAGCAUCUGACUCAUCCUCUUGACACAUUGAUGUUUGUCCAAUUCAAGCCUAAACUCACAAGCCUUUUGGCAUUCAAUAUGAAUGUUAGGUACAUCAACGAACAUGCCUUGGUUACAUGAAGAGCCUGGCUGGUCUACUCCUAUACAUCAGUUAGUGAAGUAUACAGAUUAGGCUCUGUGUCUCAGUGAUCUAGUGAAGACCCAUUGUGUUUGUCAGAUCUGUUUCCUUAUUUGGCUAUUGGAGAUUUGGGAGAUUAUGGUGACAACUGUUUAGCCAAUUUGCUGAUGAAUAUGUGCUCUAAUUCAUCCUUGGUUGAUAGCUCCUUCCUCAGUACUUCCUUAAUGCUUUUCUUUGAUUCGCUACACAGAGGCUAGGCCCAAUUAUCUAGUUACAAAUCUAAGUUCUGCUUGCAAUUGUUGGUUUGCAAGUUUAGCUAAUUCCAACUGAUUAAACUUUGAUGAUGAACUCAAAAUGGCAGCAGCUAGCUCUCUGUGUUCCAUGUGUUUCAUGUGUGUACUUUAGUGCUUGGUCAGAAAGGGCCCUAUGACUGUGCUGUUCUCAUAGUACUGAGGAAAAGUGGGCCAUUGUCUGCAGUGAUUAUCGUGUGAUCCGGUCCCUCUUGUGCAGCAGCACAGCCGGGAAAGUCAGUGGCCUCUCUCCUUAACGCUUGGCAGCAGCUCGCUGCACCCUGGAUAGAGAGGACUUGGCAUUUAGAGGGGCCACAGCAUAUUAUCCUAGACAGGCCCUCCAAAAUCUGGAAUUCUCCAUUCAUUCCUUGUUGAAUUCAUUACUCCUCAGAUCUGGAGCAGCUCUUUCUCUCUCUGUGCAACCCAAACUGCCUGGUUGGUGAAUGGUGGUUGAAUAGUGAACCCUGGAUUAUUCAUUUAGAUUGAUGACGUUUGAUAACACAGAGAAUCAUGCUAGCUUUACAGCCAAACCAGUCACUUUACUGGCACACAUGAACUACCUGAUAUCUGAUCUGGUAUCUCUAGCUGUUCCCUCAUUAGCAGUGUUAGGUCCAGGCUGUGUGCAGGCUGUAUGUGGGUAAAAGCAACAGCCCUGUCCACUCCUGUCCUGUCCUGAGGUUGUGUGGGAGGGAGAUGUGAGGUGGUCUCUCCCCCCGUGGUGAGUGAAACUUGUCUGCGCAGCCAGGCUGUGUUGAGAGAGCCGAUCUCAAUAGGGGCGCCCCAAACAGCCAAAGAUCUGUUGGCAGACUACAGCUAACGCCACCGCAAAUCCUUCUCCCGUAACUCAGCAUCUGCCACUUCCCUCCCCCACCCACCCCAAUAGUCUCUCAGGAAAGAGAGCGAUGUAGAGAGACAGAGAGAGAGAGAGAGCAACAUCUGCAAUUGUAGCAAACACACUUCAAUGGAUCAAGUUUCUUCUGUUUCAAUGGAAAAUGAAAGUGCUGCUAGAGGCUCUGAGCUGAGCUGAGGGCUGGAAUUGGGUGAUUGGUUUUGCAGAGCUUUUUCCAAACCCUCAGAUUAUGAACAAAGUAUAUCACUGGUUUUAAAAACACCCUGAGGGUUAAACAGAGACAGAUCAAUGAUUGUUGGUGGUUUAUCGCUAUACCAGCUAAUUUCUCCUGCUCAAUAGAACACACUCCCCCAGACUGCAUCUGUCUGCCUGGAAAUCACCAGCACCCAGAUGCAGACAAACAACCAUAUCAACUAGCACACCUGACACAAACUCUCUUCUGGUCCAUUUGUCAAAGACUCUAUGCACUAACACUGAUAUGUGAGAUGAUGUUUCCCAGCGUCCUAAGGUUAUAACUCUGUCCCUUUUCCCCACACAGUCCUUGGCUCCCCUAAAGACCUGGUCACCAAAGACGUCACAGACACCAGCUUCGCUGUCUCUUGGACGGCGGCGCUCGGUAACGUGCGCUCCUACCGGUUGAAGUGGAAGUCGCUGUACACGGAGGAGACAGGGGAGAAGUCCGUCCCCGGGGACGUAACGACCACUAUGCUGGAGGGGCUCACUCCGGAGACGCGCUACCAGGUCUCUGUGUACGCAGCCUACGGCAGGGGAGAGGGGGAGCCGCUCGUGGGUGCUGAGACCACAGAUGGUAAGUCACUCCCUAAUGUUUCCACCAUACACACACUUACUGUGGGACCUCUCUCUCUGUCUCUCUGUGUCUCUCUCCCCUUCUCUGUCUCUCUGUCUCAUCCUUUCUCUCUCUCUCUCUCUCUCUCUCUCUCUCUCUCUCUCUCUCUCUCGCUCUCUCUCGCUCUCUCUCUCUCUCUCUCUCUCGCUCUGCCUCUGUAGCUCUCCCUCUCUCUUUCUGCCUGAGAAGAUGCAUUUCUUGGUUUCUCGUCCCCAGGUUACCUCAGAGCUGGAAAACAUAUAUAGAUGUAGGAUAUAAAAAUACCCCAUGACCGCAGUGUGUUAUAUCUACAGUGCCUUCAGAAAGUAUUCAUACCCCUUGACUUAUUCCACAUUUUGUUGUUACAGCCUGAAUUCAAAAUGGAUUGAAUCAAAAAAAAAUAUCUCACCCAUCUACACACAAUACCCCAUAAUGACAGUGAAACAUGUUUUUAGAAAUGUGUACAAAUGUAUUACAAUUUAAAUACAGAAAUAUCUAAUUUACAUAUGUAUUCAAACCCCUGAGUCAAUACUGUGUAGAAACACCUUUGCGCAUUAUUCUUGAAAAAAAUAUUCAAGCUCUGUCAAAUUGGUUGUUGAUCAUUGCUAGACAACCAUAACAUGAUGCAGCCACCACUAUGCUUGAAAAUAUGGAGAGGGGUACUCAGUUAUGUGUUGAAUUGGAUUUGCCCCAAACAUAACAACACUUCUUUGUAUUCAGGACAAAAAUGUAUUUGCCAUAUUUUUUGCAGGAUGCAUGUUUUGGAGUACUCUGUCAUUUAGGUUAGUGCUGUGGAGUAGUGUAAUUAAAAUGUUGUUGAUCCAUCCUCAGUUUUCUCCUAUCACAGCCAUUAAACUCUGUCACCAUUGGCCUCAUGGUGAAAUCCCUGAGUGGUUUCCCUCCUCUCCGGCAAGUGAGUUAGGAAGGACACCUGUAUCUUUGUAGUGAUUGGGUGUAUUGGUACACCAUCCAAAGUGUAAUUAAUAACUUCACCAUGCUCAAAGGUUAUUCAAUAUAUAUUUUUUAAUGUUUUACCCAUCUACCAAUAGGUGACCACCUUUGCGAGGCAUUGGAUAACCUCCCUGGUCUUUGUGAUUGAAUCUGUGUUUGAAAUUCACUGUUCGACUGAGGGACCUUACAGAUAAUUGGAUGUGUGAGGUACAGAGAUGAGGUAGUCAUUCAAAAAUCAUGUUAAAAACUAUUGUUGCACACAGAGUGAGUCCAUGAAACUUAUUAUGUGACUUGUUAAGCACAUUUUUACUCCUGAACUUAUUUAGGCUUGCCAUAACAAAGGGGUUGAAUACUUAUUGACUCAAGAAAUUUUUACAAUUCAUUUGUAAAAAUUUCGAAAAAUGUAAUACUACUUUGACAUUAUGGGGUAUUGUGUGUAGGCCAAUGACAAAAAAAUCUAAAUGUAAUACGUUUUAAAUUCAGGCUGUAACACAACAAAAUGUGGAAAAAGUCAAGGUGUGUGAAUGCUUUCUGAAGGCACUGUGGGUCUUUAUAUAACUGGAAUGAGCCUAAGUAGAGCACCUGGGACGAAGACGAGGGGCAGAGAGGGUCAUAUUUGUCUGAUGACAAAAAGGAGCGUGUCAAGAUAGCUUCGGUCCUUGAAGAGAUUGGAUUUGGGUACAGACCUUAUUUCCGUAAAUAAACCAUGAAUGCAUAGCUUUCAUAGCCCAUAUAAUCCACAAAUAGAACCUAGGCAUGGUAAGAAAAAACAUAAAAUUACUUCAAUCCUAUCAGCCUUCAAAAGGAGUGACACAGGCUUUAGAGUUAUGCAGGAAACCAAACUUGAGCCCCAUUCUUGGGCGUGAUGUGGAAAAAGUGAGAUACGGUGACUGUUACGGCUCAUUCUUUGAGCUUGCAGAUAACGUCACCGCUUCUGGCAUUCACCUGAUCCAUCUAAAAGGCCACUGAAAUGCUUUUGUAAUCAGGGUGACGACGUGUGUGUGUGUGUGUGUCAGUGUGUCGGUGUGUGCUUGUGCAAGCAUGUGUAUUACAUAGUAUAUGGCCAUGACGCAAUACGCCACACCUGCUACCAGUUAUCAGGGGAGAUUGUGGAUUCAGAUAGACAUGGGAGUAGACAGUGCUUCCCCUCUCCUCGAAUACAGCGACCAACUGAAAUGAGAAAAGCACAUUGACGGAAACUCGCCCCGAUUGGGGAAUUUAUCCACUGGUUAGCGAGACAAAAUGUGCUAAUGGGAAACUUUGUCGCUCCAUCGUUUUGUUUAUUGAUUCUGGCAAGCGGGACUGGUGCAAUUUACACCAAAAACAACCUUGAGGCACCUCUAGAGGCUUGUAUGGUUUAUAUCUGUGGUCACUUCGCCCUGCGGGUUCCUCCACCAGAACCACAAGCCCUCUCUCUGUCUGUGCUAACAGGACGGGUCCAUUUGGGUUGAGCCACACACUGAAAACCUGGACAGACUGCUUUUUUCCAUCCAUAAAACUUCUCCCUCUGAAGUCUAGCUGUUUGAAUAUUUUCCUGAGCUCGUUAAGGGUUUUAACAAUUCACACUUGUCCUUCCUGCACCAAAAACACAUUGGGGUCAUAGUAUGGAAAUCUGCACAGUGGGUCUGGUCAGUGUAUGGUCUGACUGGGAAAUAAAACAACGUUUGGGUGGAUUUGUGUUCACAAGCAUAUGAAAACUGAACCAAUUCCUCAGUAAAAAAUCUCAGAGGUAACCAAACAUGUCAAUGUUUAGAUUGCCCACAAGACGUUAUGGCUUUGGACCAUUUGGAAAUGUAGGCAGCAAUUUGGCAUGCAUUUCAAUUCUGCUCUCUGCUCAAACUCACAUCAUGAUACCGAUAUCAAUACAUCAAGCAUUGGUGUUUAAUUUUCUUUCUUUUGUGCUCUCAGUGUCUGCAGCCGGAAAAGUUGUGGUGGUUUCUGAGGAGACGGAGAAGAGCAUGAAGGUGACUUGGAAGCCUGCACCCGGGAAUGUUGUCAACUACCGGGUGACAUACAAGCCAGCGUCAGGAGGGCGACAGCUGGCCGCCAAGGUGCCCGGUGGUACCACCAACACCAUCCUGAGACGCUUGACGCCCAUGACCACCUAUGACAUCACAGUGCUGCCUGUGUACAAGCAGGGAGAAGGAAAAGCAAGGCAAGGAGUAGGAACCACACGUACGUUGGUCUAUCAUUAACCACAACUGAACUGUGCUCUGUGCUGCUUGCGUUAGCUUAGGGGAGUCCUGUACAGUAGCUAGUCGCUGGUGGGUUAUGCAGACUCGUAUCAUGUACUCAUCAUCAAUCAUCAUCAACUACUAAAUCUAGGAUAGGAGAAAAUGGGUCUCCAAAGAGGCCGCUAAGAACUAGCAUUUUUCCUGUAAUAACCUAAUGUUUAGCCUAACGUUUAGCCUAAUUUUACUUCCACUUUAUAGUCAUCUGCUUGUAUCAAAUCAUCAUGUUCUCUGUUCCAGUGUCACCGUACAAAGCCCCUAGAAACUUGCAGACCUCCGAGCCCGCUAGGACCAGUUUCAGAGUGACCUGGGACCACGCUCCAGGGGAAGUCAAGGGCUACAAAGUCACCUUCCACCCCAUUGGAAAUGAUAUAGACCUGGGAGAGCUGCUGGUCGGACCCUAUGACAACACUGUGGUUCUGGAGGAGCUCAGGUAGGUCUAUCCUUGGAAUAUAAAGUAUAUCAGAUGGACUGUCACAGUUACUGUAUUGCCUUGCAAAGAAAGUUUGACUAUGCUGCUUUUUCAUUAGUUCACCAAUUUGUUGUGUCCAUCUAUCAGUAAUUUCUCUCAGACAAACUGACAAACUUGUCGAGAUGAAUGAAGUGUAACUGGUUUAGGUUUUUCACACAGGGCUGGUACCAAGUACACAGUGAGUGUGUUUGGGAUGUUCGAGGGGGGAGAGAGCCAGCCAUUGGCUGGUGAGGAGAAGACCACUCUCUCUGAUGCCCCUGAACCACCACUGUAUGAUGGAGGUAAUGCCUCCUCUCAAACUCCUCCUUCAUGAUUUAUCAUAUAGCCAGCAACACCAGCCACACAGCACUAUUACACAGGAGACUACACUGUAAAGUACUGUAUUCACCUUAUGCCCAGCCAAUCAACAGGCACGGCAGCCAUGUUGAAAAGUAAAAGGUCAUGCAUAAGGUGAAUAUUAGUCUGUAGGAAUUGUAUUAACAAGCUAUGAUCCAUUUUGGAGAGGCAAAAUUGAAACAACACAUUUUCCUCAAAGAACUCAACAGCCCUACCCGCUGGGCACACUCUGGUUGAAUCAACGUUGUUUCACCGUAAUUUGUCAAUGUAUUGUGACGUGGAAUUAAUGUGGAAAAUACAUUGGGUUUGAAAAAAGUAAUCAACCAGUAGUGUUUUCAUCUCAUUUCAACCAGUGUCGUAAACAUUGAAAUUAGGGUAAAACGUUGACAAAUUACAUUGAAACAAUGUUGAUUCAACCACUGUGUGCCCAGUGGGUAAAGCUUUUUUAAUCUCCCUCAUCAUACUUAAGACCUUAUACAGUACAUAUAUUAUAUGUUGUGUCUUCUGCGGCCAUAGCCGAAGUGUGGGACAUAUAUCACAUUGUCCAUUUUUCAUUAGGAAAAUCCGUUAUAAUCCCUCUCCCCAUAAAAACAGAUGAGUUGCCCUAAAUGACUUACCUCAAAGCUAAUUGUCUCACCAAAUAACAGAUGUAAUGACUAUUCCAUCUGUUGGCUGCUCGCUUUUUCAGCAUUUCGUCACUUUGGGUUCCUUUUUAUUUUUCUGGAUCCAGCAGCAGCUAAGAGCAGCAGAAUUGACAAAAAAUAUAAUCUGUUUGCAAUUAUAAAUGUUUUACAACCUCAUGGGUGUGAGCACGCAGCAUGACACAUGGGCAGUGAGUGUGAGGAGAGGAAAGAGAGAGAGGAAAAUGUUAUGUGUAUUAAGGAAGGCUCCAGAGAGGCCAGUCCCGACCCUCAGCUGCCUGGAAGGCCUCCUCUAAUAGGGAGCAGAUACAGUGACAAGACCCUGUCAGUCAAGCGCCCACAAUAAUAUAAUUUAAUAAAGGAGGCAGAAAACCCCUUCUCCACCCCAUUACCCCCUCCUCCUCACCCAGUACUCCUCAAUUUAAUCCCCCCCAUCCCGAUGCUGGAGGAGGACUGAGAGUAAGAGGGGAUUGGGUGCACUAAAAGAGACUAAAGUCAUCCGUACAUCAGCCUCCCUCUCCUUUGAAGAUAUUUUACAACAGACAGUAAUGAACAGUUUUAUCUCCUUGUUUCUACUUUUAAAGUUUGUAUUUUUCUUCCUGUAAAUGAAAGAUAACCUUUUCUUGACUGACGGAUACGUAUGUGCUAUAAUGCACAAGUUGUAAACCUAACGUUGAAUUUAUAGUGCCAUUAACAGGGACUGGAUGUGAAUUUAUUAAUUUGGUGAAAUGCGUAUUGCAGUCAAAGGACAAACAUCUGGCAUGGCCAAUAAAUCUUCCCCUGUUGUCUCCGUCCGAUAGCCUUAGAUAAUUUUCUUUAUUACGACUAACUAAAACAGACUGUAGUCUGAACGACACAUGGUUCAGCCACUCUAGGACCCUCACACUCCGCAGGACAUCUGUUUAUCUGUGGGUCGCAUGGGGAUAGAAAGAGAAGUCUGUAAAUCAAACAUGUAACAGUGGCAGAUUGCGCAAUGUCUGUGUCUUGCUGCCGUGCAUCUGCGGUCUUAACAGACUGCGGACAAGGCCUUCUUCUCAUCAUGCAGGUGUCCGGAAAACAGUGAAAGCUGUGCCAGUGAGGAAUGCACAGUAACUCUCACGAAGGAGACACUCGUAUAUCAUAUCAGGAGGGCUUCUUUUUGUUCCCCGGGAGAGUCUGAGGAGUGGCCAGAGAAGAACACUACUCAGAGAGAGAUCAACUUGGAAGAAAAGAAGACAACAAUUAUAUCGACACCUGGAAAUGAAAUGUGUGAUGAUGAAAAUAGCUCGUAACCCUGAAAAUGGAUAGAAAGUGUUUUUACUGCUUGCUUGUAAAGAGACAGAUAGAGAUGUGUUUGUUUUCUGUUUGGGAAGUCUGUGUGAUGUACUGUGAAUCCAUGUCAAUAAUGUCAUGUCAAUGACCUCUUUUCUUUCCUACUCCUUCACCUCCCUUCUCACUCAUGCAUUUUUGAACACCUCUGCCCUCAUAACUUCACCUGUGUUAUACCUGAAACUGCAUUAUAAUAACUAGUGCCCCAUCACUGUUCUGUACUGUCUCUCUGAGCUGUAACCUCUGACCUCUCAGAUGUGGUGUGUAAGACCAAAGCCCGGGCUGAUAUAGUCCUGCUGGUCGAUGGCUCCUGGAGUAUCGGCCGUCUGAACUUUAAGACCAUCCGCUCCUUCAUCUCUCGCAUGGUGGGAGUCUUCGACAUCAGCCCUGACAGGGUUCAGAUCGGUAGGUUAAACCUGUCUCACAGGACAUGUACAUUCCUGCUACCUGCUGCAGAUAACACUAUUGUGUCUCCACUCUUUAGUCGUUCGCUAGGCAUUACCAUGUUGGAUGGUUAUACAAGGCAUCUGAUCUGGCAGAGGCUCUGUGUGUGUGUGUGUUUCUCUUAGGUCUGGCCCAGUACAGUGGUGAUCCUAAGACUGAGUGGCACCUGAAUGCCUACAGGACCAGGACUUCACUGCUGGAGGCUGUAGCCAACCUGCCCUACAAAGGAGGCAACACCCUUACUGGUACUGUACUCAAUCUACAACCACAACCUCAAUUCAGAGACUGUUGUAUACCGUUAGUCCCAUUUAAAGCUCUAUCAUGUUCAAGCUUCUAUUGGCUAUUUAGACAGCUACUGAAAUAAGUUCCAGUUCAUAAACUUCACAAUGAAAACUGUGCCACUGUUUUGGUUCUUGGCAGUUGAGCUGUUUGUGUGAUAGCCAGAGGGUGAAGGAAACUGAAUUGUAUGUUCCAUUAUGCGAAUAAAACUGAGUUGUUCCUAAUAGGCUCACAAUGUAUUUUAUCAUAAUCUCCUUGCUCUUUAGCUGCCGUGUUGGAAAGGCCUCAGAGAAAUUAUUAAUCCAUAUAAUCAGUGUGAAUAAUAGUUUCUGCCCUCGUUGCAGGUCUCGCUUUAAACUACAUCCUCCAGAACAAUUUCAAGGAAAAUGUUGGGAUGAGACCCAACGCUCGUAAGAUCGGAGUGCUGGUCACUGAUGGCAAGUCUCAGGAUGACAUCAUUGCCAACUCCCAGAACCUGCGUGACCAGGGCAUUGAGCUGUAUGCCAUUGGUGAGUCUCUGCCAUCAUCACUAGGCAGUUUCACAUAUUUUGACUAGAUAGGACAUCUGAAGCUCCUUGUAUCUAUCUCAACUUGAAUAAUGGCAGUUAUCUUUGUCGUCUUGAAGUAGAGUGUGAAUGCUCGAGUUUCCCAGGAUAAUUCCUUACACACCUUUGCCAUACGCCACUUAUCUUCCUCAUUAACAGUGUCUGUAAUGUAUCCUCAACCUGCUCUGAGGGGAUAACUGACUUGAUGUCCUGUUUGACUCCUCCUAGGUGUGAAGAACGCUGAUGAGAAUGAGCUGAGGUCCAUCGCCACUGACCCGGAUGAGAUCCACAUGUACAACGUGGCUGACUUCUCCUUCCUGCUGGACAUAGUGGACGACCUGACCAACAACCUCUGUAACAGCGUCAAGGGACCAGGUACAUUCAGGCUGGCAUUACUGUACAUUCCCUGCCGUGACAGUAAAGGUGGCAGUCUAAAUGGGCUAUGUAGGUUAUCCCUCAGUCUUAUUUCUAAUGCCUUCAAGGCUCAUAUUCACAGUUUCUCAGAAUAAAAGUGCUAAUCCAGGAUCAGUUUUGCCUUUGAAAUCGUAAUGAAUAACGGGGGGACCUGGGCCCGUAUUCUUAAAGCAUCCCAGAGUAGUAGUGCUGAUCUAGGAUCUGUCCAUAUAAUAUUAUUCAUUAUGAUCUAAAAGGCAAAACUGAUCCCAGAUCAGCACACUUACUUUGAGACUCUUUGUGAAUACGGGUGAUGAUCUUUACAGCCAGCCGUGCUGUGUGAGGCUGUAGUUAUGUAAACAGGGUUUAGUUCAUGGCUAGGGGAGACCCUCAGUAGAGUAGCAUGUCUGGUGCACCAGGGGAGCCAAUACAAGGAGCUGAACGCCAGCCAACCACUGGAAAUAAUUUAGAAUCUAAAGCCCUCUUAUCCCUGCUGAUAGUUUAUUUUUUCCUCUCUAAAAUGAGAAAUAGUCUGCACCUUAAUCAAAUUCAAAAGCUGUGACUGAAUACUAUGAAAGAUACGUUUUUUUAGAAAAGGCUUAGACUGUCUGUAUGUCUGUCUACUGGAUUUUCUGCUAGGGAGCUGUUUCCAAACCCGUGAAAGAUGCAAUGACAUACUUAGGGUUGAUUUGACCCCCCCCUUUUUCCUGAUAGGUGGUGGCCCCCAGGCGCCCACUGACCUGGUGACCUCGGAGGUGACCCACUACUCGUUCCGUGCCAGCUGGACAGGCCCUGAAGGUCCAGUGGAGAAGUACCGUGUGGAGUACAUGACCUUGUCUGAACGCCCUCAGAAGGUUAGUACUCCUAACCUCCACACGACCGGUAACCACAACCAACCCCAAUCUCCGCUGUCAAUCCCUCUCUAUCAGCCCCCCAAACCCCUCUGUCACUCCCACCCUGGGCCUGAGGAUGGAAGCAAGUUGUAGUAAAGCCUAUGUUCUGUGACUUACUUGGCUAAAUAAAGAUUGAAGAGAUUACAUUAGAAUUCAUCCUUACCCAACACCUACCCCACAUGUAGCUUUGAGGACAUAUGGGCAGUCUUAUAGGAAGUAUUUCUCAUUAUCCUGGGUUUAGUUCUUUGAUAUGCCAGAGACUUGAAGGAAACCCCAGAAACGUCCUCAAGCUUGUGUUGGCUGUUCAGUGUGAGGGUGUUUGGUAAAAUGGAGUUGACAGAGGGUAAGACCAGAGAAAAUAUAAGGCUUUCAAUUUAGAGUACUAGUAGCAAUAAAGAUUUGUUUUUCUUAUUGUAAUAUCCCUUUGACUGCAGGGUAUUGGCUCUAGAGUACUAGAAUAGGGAAGGCUAGCUGCUAGAUCCACUUCCAACUCCUUGGACUCCAAUUUAAUUUAUAAAGUGUUUGUUUUAGUCCAGCUCUCAUGGUUUAGUGAGGCAGUGGUCUAGUAUGUGAUCGAAGUUGUUUUUGUGUUUGACUCUUAUAAAUAGAAACGCACACUGGGUUGAAACCAGUCAGAGUUCUACAACUUAAUUUGUGGUUCAAUUGAAACCAGAUGCAUCAACACAAAAAACACUGAUAGCUGCAGUUUGUUGUAUUGUUUGUCUUAUUUGUCCGCCAACAGAAACAAACCAUUCACAUGCAUGUGAAUGGAUUACUUAAAAUAGACAUUCCGGAUUACUUAAAAUAGACAUUCAAAGUAAUUCUCCAUCCUCAUACUGUAUUCGCCUGGUUCAUGUGUACUCUUGUUGGCUGUAGAUGUUUGUUGAUGGCUCAGUGACCACAGCCAUCCUGCCCAACCUGAACCCACUGACUGAGUAUCUGGUCAACGUCUACUCUGUCAUCGGAGAGGAGAGCAGCGACCCACUGAAGGGGACUGAAACCACCUGUGAGUCCUAAUCUGUUUUUCUGUGUUCUUCUUUGAUCCACUAUACCAGGGUUUCCCAAACUCGGUUCUGCCCCCCCUCCCCCCAGCACUGCACAGCUGAUUCAAAUAACCAACUCGUCAUUGAGCUUUGAUUAUUUGAAUCAGCUGUGUAGUGCUAGGGCAAAAAACAAAACGUGCACCCAGGGUGGGCCCCAGGACUGAGUUUGGGAAACCCUGCACUAUACUGUACCUGUCCAUUACUGUGCUUCAGCAUACUUGUGUCCCAAACGUAAUCACUAUAGGAUCAACUAAUGAACAUCUUUGGGACUGUAAAACAAACAUUCUUCCAUUACAUUUAGCACACCACUGUGUGCAUGUUCUUGUGAUGCUUGUGUGGUCCCUGUUUUCAACGUUAAAGAAAGAACAAAACUGUUUGUGUUUAUGACACCAUAUGAGGCUUAAAGAUAGCAUUAUUAUUAUUAUUGUAAAAAAAAAAAAAAAGAUAGAUAUAUACACUACAGGUCAAAAGUUUCAGAACACCUAAGGGUUUUUCUUUAUUUUUACUAUUUUCUACAUUGUAGAAUAAUAGUGAAGACAUCAAAACUAUGAAAUAACACAUAUGGAAUCAUGUAGUAACCAAAAAAGUGUUAAACAAAUCAAAAUACAUUUUACAUUUUAGAUUCUUCAAAUAGCCACCCUUUGCCUUGAUGACAACUUUGCACACUCUUGGCAUUCUCUCAACCAGCUUCACCUGGCAUGCUUUUCCAACAGUCUUGAAGGAGUUCCCAAAUAUGCUGAGCACUUGUUGGCUGCUUUUCCUUCACUCUGCGGUCCCACUCAUCCCAAACCAUCUCAAUUGGGUUGAGGUCGGGGGAUUGUGGAGGCCAGGUCAUCUGAUGCAGCACUCCAUCACUCUCCUUCUUGGUCAAAUAGCCCUUACACAGCCUGGAGGUGUGUUGGGUCAUUGUCCUGUUGAAAAACAAAUGAUAGUCCCACUAAGCCCAAACCAGAUGGGAUGCUGUGGUAGCCAUGCUUGUUAAGUGUGCCUUGAAUUCUAAAUAAAUCCCAUACAAUGUCACCAGCAAAGCACCCCCACACCAUAACACCUCCUCCUCCAUGUUUCACGGUGGGAAAUACACAUGUAGAGAUCAUCCGUUCACCCACACUGCGUCUCACAAAGACACGACUUGCUUGGACUCCAGACCAAAGGACACAUUUCCACCGGUCUAAUGUCCAUUGCUCGUGUUUCUUGGCCCAAGCAAGUCUCUUCUUCUUAUUGGUGUCCUUUAGUAGUGGUUUAUUUGCAGCAAUUCAACCAUGAAGGCCUGAUUCACACAGUCUGCUCUGAACAGUUGAUGUUGAGAUGUGUCUGUUACUUGAACUCUGUGAAGCAUUUAUUUGGGCUGCAAUUUCUGAGGCUGGUAACUCUAAUGAACUUAUCCUCUGCAGCAGAGGUAACUCUAGGUCUUCCAUUCCUGUGGCGGUCCUCAUGAGAGCCAGAUACAUCAUUGUGCUUGAUAGUUUUUGCGAAUGCACUUGAAGAAACUUUAAAAGUUCUUGAAAUGUUCCGUAUUGACUGACCUUCAUGUCUUAAAGUAAUGAUGGACUGUCGUUUCUCUUUGCUUAUUUGAGCUGUUUGACUUGCCAUAAUAUGGACUUGGUGUUUUACCAAAUAGGGCUAUACCCCCGCUACCUUGUCGCAACACAACUGAUUGGCUCAAACGCAUUAAGAAGGAAAUAAAUUCCACAAAUUAACUUUUAAGAAGGCACACCUGUUAAUUGAAAUGCUUUCCAUGUGACUACCUCAUGAAGCUGGUUGAGAGAAUGCCAAGAGUGUGCAAAGCUGUCAUCAAGGCAAAGGGUGGCUAUUUGAAGAAUCUCAAAUAUAAAAUAUACACUGCUCAAAAAAAUAAAGGGAACACUUAAACAACACAUCCUAGAUCUGAAUGAAUGAAAUAAUCGUAUUAAAUGCUUUUUUCUUUACAUAGCUGAAUGUGCUGACAACAAAAUCACACAAAAAUUAUCAAUGGAAAUCAAAUGUAUCAACCCAUGGAGGUAUGGAUUUGGAGUCACCCUCAAAAUUAAAGUGGAAAACCACACUACAGGCUGAUCCAACUUUGAUGUAAUGUCCUUAAAACAAGUCAAAAUGAGGCUCAGUAGUGUGUGUGGCCUCCACGUGCCUGUAUGACCUCCCUACAACGCCUGGGCAUGCUCCUGAUGAGGUGGCGGAUGGUCUCCUGAGGGAUCUCCUCCCAGACCUGGACUAAAGCAUCCGGCAACUCCUGGACAGUCUGUGGUGCAACGUGGCAUUGGUGGAUGGAGCGAGACAUGAUGUCCCAGAUGUGCUCAAUUGGAUUCAGGUCUGGGGAACGGGCGGGCCAGUCCAUAGCAUCAAUGCCUUCCUCUUGCAGGAACUGCUGACACACUCCAGCCACAUGAGGUCUAGCAUUGUCUUGCAUUAGGAGGAACCCAGGGCCAACCGCACCAGCAUAUGGUCUCACAAGGGGUCUGAGGAUCUCAUCUCGGUACCUAAUGGCAGUCAGGCUACCUCUGGCGAGCACAUGUAGGGCUGUGCGGCCCCCCAAAUAAAUGCCACCCCACACCAUGACUGACCCACCGCCAAACCGGUCAUGCUGGAGGAUGUUGCAGGCAGCAGAACGUUCUCCACGGCGUCACAUGUGCUCAGUGUGAACCUGCUUUCAUCUGUGAAGAGCACAGGGCGCCAGUGGCGAAUUUGCCAAUCUUGGUGUUCUCUGGCAAAUGCCAAACGUCCUGCACGGUGUUGGGCUGUGAGCACAACCCCCACCUGUGGAUGUCGGGUCCUCAUACCACCCUCAUGGAGUCUGUUUCUGACCGUUUGAGCAGACACAUGCACAUUUGUGGCCUGCUGGAGGUCAUUUUGCAGGGCUCUGUCAGUGCUCCUCCUGCUCCUCCUUGCACAAAGGUGGAGGUAGCGGUCCUGCUGCUGGGUUGUUGCCCUCCUACGGCCUCCUCCACGUCUCCUGAUGUACUGGCCUGUCUCCUGGUAGCGCCUCCAUGCUCUGGACACUACGCUGACAGACACAGCAAACCUUCUUGCCACAGCUCGCAUUGAUGUGCCAUCCUGGAUGAGCUGCACUACCUGAGCCACUUGUGUGGGUUGUAGACUCUGUCUCAUGCUACCACUAGAGUGAAAGCACCGCCAGCAUUCAAAAGUGACCAAAACAUCAGCCAGGAAGCAUAGGAACUGAGAAGUGGUCUGUGGUGUCUUGCUAAUUGCCUAUAAUUUCCACCUGUUGUCUAUUCCAUUUGCACAACAGCAUGUGACAUUUAUUGUCAAUCAGUGUUGUUUCCUAAGUGGACAGUUUGAUUUCACAGAAGUGUGAUUGACUUGGAGUUACAUUGUGUUGUUUAAGUGUUCCCUUUAUUUUUUUGAGCAGUGUAUUUUGAUUUGUUUAACAUAUUUUUUGGGUUACUACAUGAUGCCAUAUGUGUUAUUUCAUAGUUUUGAUGUCUUCACUAUUAUUCUACAAUGUAGAAAAUAGUAAAAAAACUAAAACAAAAAAACACUUGAAUGAGUAAGUGUUCUAAAACUUUUGACCUGUAGUGUAUACAGUGGGGAGAACAAGUAUUUGAUACACUGCCGAUUUUGCAGGUUUCCCUACUUACAAAGCAUGUAGAGGUCUGUAAUUUUUAUCAUAGGUACACUUCAACUGUGAGAGACGGAAUCUAAAACAAAGAUCCAGAAAAUCACAUUGUAUGAUUUUUAAGUAAUUAAUUUGCAUUUUAUUGCAUGACAUAAGUAUUUGAUACAUCAGAAAAGCAGAACUUAAUAUUUGGUACAGAAACCUUUGUUUGCAAUUACAGAGAUCAUACGUUUCCUGUAGGUCUUGACCAGGUUUGCACACACUGCAGCAGGGAUUUUGGCCCACUCCUCCAUACAGACCUUCUCCAGAUCCUUCAGGUUUCGGGGCUGUCGCUGGGCAAUUCAGACUUUCAGCUCCCUCCAAAGAUUUUCUAUUGGGUUCAGGUCUGGAGACUGGCUAGGCCACUCCAGGACCUUGAGAUGCUUCUUACGGAGCCACUCCUUAGUUGCCCUGGCUGUGUGUUUCGGGUCGUUGUCAUGCUGGAAGACCCAGCCACGACCCAUCUUCAAUGUUCUUACUGAGGGAAGGAGGUUGUUGGCCAAGAUCUCGCGAUACAUGGCCCCAUCCAUCCUCCACUCAAUACGGUGCAGUCGUCCUGUCCCCUUUGCAGAAAAGCAUCCCCAAAGAAUGAUGUUUCCACCUCCAUGCUUCACGGUUGGGAUGGUGUUCUUGGGGUUGUACUCAUCCUUCUUCUUCCUCCAAACACGGCGAGUGGAGUUUAGACCAAAAAGCUCUAUUUUUUCUCAUCAGACCACAUGACCUUCUCCCAUUCCUCCUCUGGAUCAUCCAGAUGGUCAUUGGCAAACUUCAGACGGGCCUGGACAUGCGCUGGCUUGAGCAGGGGGACCUUGCGUGCGCUGCAGGAUUUUAAUCCAUGACGGCGUAGUGUGUUACUAAUGGUUUUCUUUGAGACUGUGAUCCCAGCUCUCUUCUGGUCAUUGACCAGGUCCUGCUGUGUAGUUCUGGGCUGAUCCCUCACCUUCCUCAUGAUCAUUGAUGCCCCACAAGGUGAGAUCUUGUACGGAGCCCCAGACCGAGGAUGAUUGACCGUCAUCUUGAACUUCUUCCAUUUUCUAAUAAUUACGCCAAAAGUUGUUGCCUUCUCACCAAGCUGCUUGCCUAUUGUCCUGUAGCCCAUCCCAGCCUUGUGCAGGUCUACAAUUUUAUCCCUGAUGUCCUUACACAGCUCUCUGGUCUUGGCCAUUGUGGAGAGGUUGGAGUCUGUUUGAUUGAGUGUGUGGACAGGUGUCUUUUAUACAGUAAACGAGUUCAAACAGGUGCAGUUAAUACAGGUAAUGAGUGGAGAACAGGAGGGCUUCUUAAAGAAAAAUUAACAGGUCUGUGAGAGCCGGAAUUCUUACUGGUUGGUAGGUGAUCAAAUACUUAUCUCAUGCAAUAAAAUGCAAAUGAAUUACUUAAAAAUCAUACAAUGUGAUUUUCUGGAUUUUUGUUUUAGAUUCCGUCUCUCACAGUUGAAGUGUACCUAUGAUAAAAAUUACAAACCUCUACAUCAGGGGUGUCAAACGUCCGGCCCGCGGGCCGGAUCAGGCCCGCAAACGGGUUUAAUCCGGCCCGCGAGAUGAUAAAAAAUUUUCAAUAAAAUUAACUGCUGUUCCAAUUGCGUCCACUGGAUGGCGCAAUAGCAAUAGUGUUAAGCAAGCAAACUGUUUAUACCGGGGCAGAGCAAGUAGGUCAAGCACGUGCAGCCAAUGAGCUACUUUGUUUUGCCCGCGAUAUUUAUUACGGCUUCUACUUUUAAUAUUAUGUGCUUUGGCACCCUCAUUGCCCCAAUAUGUCUCUGUCAAAAAAGAGAAAAGUGGACGCAGAGUGCAGAGUGUUCCAAGAAAAAUGGUCAUCCUAUUUAUUCACGGAAUUGAAUGGGAAAGCUGUAUGUUUGGUGUGUUCAGAGCAUGUUGCAGUGCUGAAAGAAUAUAACCUUCGUCGCCACUAUGUGAGUCUUCAUGCCGACAAAUAUGACAACUUUCAAGGACAGCGGAGAUGAGAGAAGGUGAAUUAACUGUUGGCGGGUCUGAAGAAACAGCAGUCUGUGUUUACUCACAGGCGAGACAUCAGUGACGCUGCAGUGAAAGCUAGCUACCUCAUUGCUAAUGAAAUCGCAGUGGCUUCAAAACCAUUUAGUGAGGGUGAAUUUGUAAAAACAUGCAUGAUGAAGGCAGCGGAGAUUGUGUGCCCUGAAAAGCGGCAGGCUUUUGCAAAUAUCAGCCUGACAAGAAACACAGUUGCAGACAGGAUUUCCGAUCUUUCAGUGGAUUUGGACAGCCAGUUGAAGCAAAAAGUAAAGUCAUUUAUUGCGUUUUCGGUUGCAAUUGAUGAAAGCAUGGACAUUACAGAUGUUGCACAACUGGCCAUUUUCAUCCGCGGAGUUGAUGACACAUUGACCGUCACUGAGGAGUUCGUGGAGUUGGUGCCGAUGACAGAUACAACGACAGCAGCUGAUAUUUUUACUGCACUCGUCGGCGCGCUGGACAGGGUCGGAGUGGACUGGUCCCGCGCUGUCAGCCUGGCUACAGAUGGUGCGCCCUCAAUGAUCGGGAAAAAAGCAGGCGUUGUGACAAAGUUCAGAGAGAAAGUGCAAUCUGCAAAUGGAGGACGUGAUUUUUUGACUUUUCACUGUAUUUUGCACCAGGAGGCUUUGUGUUGCAAGUCAUUAAAGAUGGAUAACGUCAUGAAGGUGGUCAUCCAAACUGUUAAUUUCAUCCGAUCCAGAAGCCUGAAUCACCGUCAGUUUGACAGCCUUCUCAGAGAGAAAGACCACAUCUAUGGCCUGCCAUACCACACUGAGGUAAGAUGGUUAAGCCGAGGUGCUGUGCUGAGGCGUUUCUUUGAUUUACGAGAAGAAAUUGAACAGUUCAUGGAAGAAAAGGGCAAACCAGUGUUAGAAUUUCAUUCCGCAGAAUGGAUGCAGGACCUUGCAUUUAUGGUGGAUGUUACAGAGCACCUGAAUAACUUGAACAAACAGCUGCAAGGGCGCAACAAAGUUGUCACGCAGUAUUAUGACAGCAUACGUUCUUUCAAGUUGAAGCUGUCAUUGUGGGAGACGCAACUUGCCGGUGGUGAUGCAGCUCACUUCCCCUGUCUGAAAAAUGUGUGCGCGACCCAACAUGUGGCAGACAUGAAGCGGUUCAAAGAUAAAAUAACGGGACUGUUACGGGAGUUUGAGCAACGCUUUCAGAUUUAUGUUUAUAUGUUUUUAUGUUGAUGUCCUAUUGUUUUUAAUUUAUUUGUAUAUUUAACCUAUUCUUGACUCUGUGGUUCUUGCACUUGUUUGGGGAACAGGAUUUCAUUAUUUUUAUCUACAUUUCUGCCUGAGAAAUGACACCCUGAUAUAGUUCUGUGAUCUGUGAUAUACUUCUGUGAAUCACUGAGGCAUUGUGUGUUUGUGUGUUCUUUGUCCUCAGAACUUUCAAAUAACUUGAGGUGUUUUAUGAUUAAUAGUGAUGUUGUGCUUUUGGACACUGUCCUCAGGCUCCAGCUUUAUGUUUAUAUGUUUUAUGUUGAUGUGCUAUUGUUUUUAAUUGAUUUUAUUUUAUUUGUAUAUUUAACCUAUUCUUGACUCUGUGGUUCUUGCACUUGUUUGGGGAACAGGAUUUCAUUAUUUUUAUCUACAUUUCUGCCUGAGAAAUGACACCCUGAUAUAGUUCUGUGAUCUGUGAAACAGUUCUGUUAAUCACUGAGGCAUUGUGUGUUUGUGUGUUAUUUUUCUUUAGAAUUUUCAAAUAAACUUGACGUGUUUUAUGAUUAAUAGUGAUGUUGUGCUUGUACUAUUUUGGACACACUGUCCUCAGGCUCCAGCUUUAUGUUGUAUGUUGAUAUGAUUUUUUAGGUCCGGCACUUGGAAUAGAUUUCCUCCAUUGGUGACUAAAAAGACACCCCUGUACAUGCUUUGUAAGUAGGAAAACCUGCAAAAUCGUCAGUGUAUCAAAUACUUGUUCUCCCCACUGUAUAUCUGCGCCCACUCACUCUCUGCAGUGAGAAUUAGAUGUUUCUUUAACGUUGUUCUUCAGUUGUACUUUAUUUGUAAUCUAGAACAGAGUCAUUUUAUGAAGCAAGUAAUUUCUCCAUGAAAAGCUCCCAUAAAAUAACUAAUUCUUUAGUUCUCACUACAUGAAAUCUGCAUGGCUGCGUCUCACUGCGAACAUGCCGUUUUGGAUGGGAUUGUGUGCGUGUGCAUGUGUGUUUAGAAUCUUACAGUGUUCACCUCUUCCUGUUCCCCUGUCCAGUGCCCCUCAGCGCGGUGAGGAAGAUGACCAUCUAUGAGGAGCGUCCCACCACCAUGAGGGUGAAGUGGGAGGAGGCAGUGGGCGCCACGGGCUACAUGCUGCUCUACAGUGCCCUCAAUGCCACCGAGCCCUCUGUGGAUAAAGAGGUGAGAAGGCCGGGCCAGAGAGAGAGAGAGAGGAGACAGAGAAAGGGACUCCAGGCCAGACCAGCUGUGGAACUGACACAGUCAAAGUCUCCACUACACACACGAACGCACGCACACACACACACACACAGAUGCUGCCAAUGACCAAAUAUACCGGUCCCCUGUCAAUGUCUCCUGACAGCAUGCAGAUGUCACAGAGCAGUGAUGAGUUACAAAGUGAGCAGUGUUGUAACUCUCGUUUUACGGAUACCGAGACGACAAAACACACAAUUAUUUAGACUCAGAGGGAUGUGACGAUUAUUAGCUCAUAGUGUCAAAUCCAGAGGGUAAGAUCGUCUGUAGUAUUGGCAACACUUAGAUAGUUUCAGCACACUGGACACCACCUAAGAUUUGUAAUCUUUGGAGACAUGUUCAUCUAAACUGCCUGUCUGAAUGACAGUAAGCAUUGUAAACUAAUGUUUGUUCCGUUGUGGUCCUCCCCUGCAGAUGAGAGUUGGAGAGGACAUGACUGAUGCCCAGCUGGUGCAGCUGAUCCCCAACACGGCUUACACUCUGUCCAUCAUCGCCCUGCACGGAGAGUCAGCCAGCGGCCCCCUCACCGAGCAGGGAGUCACACGUACGUGCAGCAAAGAACUCCUCUACAUUCACAUGCAUGUUCAUGUUUUACUCUCAGUGCAUAAUGUGGAGUAAAGGACGACAGGUCCUAACUCCUACAGAGUAAAUCAAGGCUCCUCACUCCCAGGUCUAUGGAACUAAAGUGAUUCAAGUAAUAAAGUAUGGAAUUUAGUAAUCCUCAUCUUUCUGUCCCUCUGUCCCCUCCAUAGUGCCCAUGCCCCCUGCUGGAGAGCUGAGGGUCAGAGACGUUACCCACAGCACCCUGAAGAUGAACUGGGACGCAGCACCUGGAGCCGUCCUCAAAUACAUCAUCACCUACAAGCCUGACGAGGGAGAAGCCAAAGAGGUGAGACACAAUGUCACAAUACAUCUGUUGGAUACAGACGGCAGUGAAAGCAAUACUCUGCACCCUAGAUAUAUACUCCCCAUGGGGCUGAGGUAUAGGCCUAGCUACCCCUCCUACUGGUCACAGCAGAAACCAGCUCCUGUGCUUAGCCCAUUCUCUGUUUAUGCCAUAAUAAGCCAUGAUAGUGAACCUGGAUAGAGAGCUAGCAGAUUGAUAUUGAUACUUUUGACAGAUCAUUUGAGGUAUGACAUUAGACAGCAUAAUGGGAAAGGCAGCUGGUGAGAGGGGUAUGCAGGGGACCUCUGGGGCUUUGCUAUUGGACCGGGUACCUGGUGGAAGGAUCACACCACUGUCGGCAGAAGAUGGGGAGAGCAGGUCCCUGAACACAGUAGGGGGCGGGGGGAGCUGGGGUUGGAAUUGGGGCUGCUGGAUGUUUGAGUGAUAGGUGCGGACCACACCAUCAUGAUCCGCCAGCAGCGUGGGACUUCUUAUGCUUUACAGCCGAGGCCUCUGGGAGUUCUACCAUGGCAGGUCUAGCGCUGGCCCUGCCCCGCAUCCUGGGGUAUAAAUGACAUGGCGGUACGCCUCGUAACUCUUCUGUCCCUCCAUUGGACUUAAGAGAUAAAAAAAACACAUCCACACGUCUGAUUGUGAUGCGGUGGAGGGGAGGGGAGCGGCGGCUAACCUCAUGCCCAGAAAGUGCCAGCGGUCUGGGCUAGCUGAUGGAUGAUGAUGCAGGCCUGGAUUAGCAGCUCCAGCACUGUUCCGGACACUGAGAAAACAGGAAGGGCUCUUCUUCUGCACCCAGGAAAAACGUUUGCUGUGGAUUUACGAUCCAGAGCCCCUCGCAAAGAAAUGUGUCCCAGUACAACUCUGAAUGCAAAAACAAUAAAUCAAAAGAAAGACAGAGAUCUCGGAUUAAGGAACAUUGGGAAUGACCUCCUCUACCAAAUGGCGUGAUCAUAAGAUUCCAGAGGCAUGGAAAGCAGUGGGGAAGUUAUGGUGAAUGGAUACUACUGCUUCUACUGGGACAGUGUUUUUGUUCUGUUCAUUGUUUAUCUCUCUCCAGCUCUGGAUGUGCUGAGGAUUUAUAAAUUCCCUGUGAAUGAAGUAAAGUUUACAGGCUGUCUUUAAGGUCGCCCAGAGUUCUCUCACAGAUUCUUUGGAACUCAUCAUUGAGACCAGAAUGAGACUUUGGAAGCCAUUCAACAUGACCUUGAUGAGGACAUUAUUACUCAUUAUUACUAACCCUAACUCUUCAUUUACAAAAAAGAAAGUAGUAAUUCAGCUGUUGAUACAAGCAUGCUUUAAAACCUAAUAACUGUGACACAGAGAAGCUUGAUCUAAACAAGUAUGUUUUCUUGGUCUGCAGCUUGAAGUGGGAGGAGACGUGACUGCCAAGGCCCUGGUCAACCUCAUCUCUCAGACUGAGUAUGACCUUGCUGUUACACCCAUCUACGACGAGGGAGCUGGCAACCCCAUGCUCAACACAGCCAUCACAGGUACAGUACAGUUUCACAGCCUAGUACAGGGUUAACACAUUGGGGUUACACUCCAUGGAACUCCUACUCAGUACUAUACAGUAGGUGAGGCCUGACCAUGAAAAACAUUAGUGAUGGCAUGGCAAUCUCACCCAUAUAAUUGUUCCUUUCUUCUGUCUAGAUGUUGUUCCUGCUCCUAAGAACCUGCGUUUCUCUGAGGUGACCCAGACCAGCUUCAGAGCCCACUGGGACUAUGGGGCCCCUGAUGUGGCCCUCUACCGUAUCGGCUGGACCAAGAAGGGAGAAACCAACUUCCAAUAUGUAAGAGCACUAGUAUUACUGGUUCCCAUCUUUUAAUAUACAAAAAAAAACCUGUCGAAUGAGGCAAAACAUUAGGCAACAAAUGUCAAUAAACCCUUACAAGCAAAACAUUUGUUGGCUUUCGGUAGUUUAAAGUCUUAGUGGUGUUCCAGCUCCUUAAGGUCCAUUGUGUUGUGUCUCCCAGGCCAUCCUGAACAGUGAUGAGACCAGUAAUGUGUUGGAGAACCUAGAGCCAGACACUCUGUACGACGUGUCCGUCACCGCCAUCUACUCCGACGAGUCUGAGAGUGAAGACCUGCUGGGCAGCCAGAGAACAUGUAAGACAAGUCCAUCAUCUAAUCUAAUGAUAUCAAUCAAGAUACAUAGUUGUAGAUGCCCAUCAAUGCCUGAUCAGAUUUACUAAUAAGAGCUCAUUAUAUUUCUGUUUCUCUCGCCAGUGUCCAAGGUCAUCAUCACCCCUGGUAAGUUUGUUUGUUAUAAUCAAGCAAAAUCCAUACAGCACUCAGAGAGAGCAUGCAUUUGAAUCAAAUACAUUCAAUUUUGUUCAGCAAAUUUUACACGGGUGAUCACAAUCCAGAAGUUAAAAUGUAAAGAUGAUCUGUGUUGGUUGGAUGUGUGUUUAUGUGGUUAUGUUCUUCUGUUUGUGCCCAGCCCCCACAGGCCCUCCCCAGAACCUGCAGGUGUUCAACGCCACCACCACCACUUUGACUGUGAAGUGGGACCACGCCCCUGGUCGCGUCCAGACCUACAAGAUCACAUACGUCCCCACCGCCGGAGGCAAGACCCAGUCGGUAAGAACCAGCCUGUAGCCACAUAGCUCAGCCUAAGCCUUAGGGCAUCACAGUCCCAAGCCUUUCAUAGUGCUAACGCCAUUGUUAAAUCCUAACCAUCCUCUGGAUGAUGAAAGGAAAAGGAACACUUUGAGGAAUGAUGUCCAGGGAGGCCUUUUAGAAUGAUAAUAUAAACCCAUGGGAGUCUCCCACCGAAAUCUCCCAAGUAAAGAUGACAGGGUACAUUUUAGGAGCAUGUGGGGGUCAGGGACAUUGACCACAGCCUCAGGGGAGAGUGUUAUCAGUGAGGAAAGAGGGAGAGAUGGAGGAGGGGGGAGAGAUGGAAUACCUGGGCUCAGCCGGGUUGUGUGUGUGUGGGUGGAUGUGUGUGUCUGAGUGUGUGUGUGUGUUUAUGUAACAGGACGGGAGUGUGGUACCAGGGGGGUCGUUGACCUCAGACAGUGUUUACACAAUGCUGUCUGGCCUUGCUGCUGCUCCACUCUAGAGCUGGAUAGUAGUUUAGUCAGACAGGCUUUUUUCAUCAGGCCAGAUGUUUAGGCGCUUAGAGUUUGCGUGAUGUAGAGGCACACACAGAGAGAGAGAGAGAUAGUAAAUGGAUAGAGGCAGUUUGAGACGUUUUCCCUCUCUUAUCUUAUCAGACUUGUUUGUAAUGUAUGAUAGGCCAGCCAUUUUGGAGUCAAGGGUAGCUAGCGUUAUGUGAGUUAUUUGUCCAUUCAGAGUUUCCAUUGCAAUGUGGGAUGGAUGGAAUGUUUAAAAAAAUAAUAUUAGAGGAGGGGAAACCCAGUUCUGUCCAGCGGCCAUCCGUCCACUGGUUGCUGUAUUGAUAUCGCACGCUAAACGUUGAGGCAUUGUUGAAAAGCUGGAAGCUAAUGAGCAAAGCUCAGCCAAGUGUUUUUGGUUCACUGACAGCUUUUCAACAAGUAUGGAGAGCUCAGGAGGCCGCGCUUUGUUUCAUUUGUGACAACAAGUCUGUGUAGGAAAUGGGAGACACGCUCCAUUCUUGUGUACACAGAACAUUUUCUUGGUGCCGAAUAACAUGACUUCCAUCAUACAGUUUCCCAUUGCCUGCUGAUAAGCGUUUUCCCCAGGCACUACAAAGCAUAACUUCAAAAAGAACUAGAAAACCCACACUCACACACACAGGGUUUACUGAGUCAGCCGUCUCUGUGAGGCGAUGCAACCCAGCAGUGUUCCUUUUAAUACAGUGUCUCCCUGGCCAAAAACAAUGCACUAAAUUCACCACUCAUACCUCUAAGACAACAAAUCCCACUGGAGGAUAGAUUUACCUUGGCUCUUACAAUAAGAAAGAGCAAAAAUGCUCGCUGCAUCCUCGGACAAAAAUUUUGACAGUCUGCUAUUGCUCAACUUGAAUUAUUUCCAUCAAGUUGCUGACACUGACAGAAACUGUCAAGGGAGAGAAGCUGGAAUCAGAGGCAUCCACAUCCAAUUAGAAAAUACAUCUAUUUUUUCCUGUAUCGUCUCUUCUGAGGCCACACUGAAGAAAUGAUUUCAUGCAUUUGUAAUCUGAAGGGAAUAUAAGAACCAUUUAUGGUUGAUCCAAAAAUUGCAAAAUUAGUCAGCCCUUAGGCCCCGAGUGUGAUUAUUGACCAGGUGAGAACAGUCAUUUUAACCUGUCUUCAUCCCCCAACAGACGCAGAUCGGAGGGAAGAAGAACACGGUGCUGCUUCCCAAGCUGACCCCUGACACUCCCUACUCCAUCACAGUGGCAGCCAUCUACGGCAGCGGGGAGAGCAAGGACAUCUCUGGCAACGGAAAGACAAGUGAGUGACCUUACUGUGGCCUGUCAAAGGCCUUCAUGAUUACAUCAUGUUCCCUUUCGGCCUCUCAGCUGCCCUUCCCUCCCUCAGGGAACCGGGGUUACAUUUAUUACCUAGAUGAUCAUGUUAAAGAUUCCCUACAUUCUGUCUUUGUAAAACAUAGAUUCACACCUCCACAUGCAUUUUAACAUCAGAACCUCAGGGUUCUUUUUCAACAUAGUAUGAAUCCUAUGGCCUCUCUUCUCUCUCUCCAGAGCCUCUAGGUGGAGUGAGAAACCUCCAGGUCACUGACCCCACCACCAGCACCCUGAACAUCCAAUGGGAGGCUGCCGAGGGCAACGUCCGCCAGUACAAGAUCUACUAUGUACCAGCUGCUGGAGGAGCUGAGGAUGUGGUAGGCUGGGCCACCUCUAACCAAUCACUACUGAAUCUCACUAUGGAAUGCACACACAUCCGUUAUCAAAUCCAUUAUCUACUGCUGAAAGAAUACUCACACACUGAUACACGGAUACUUGGCAUAUUCACUCAGACAGUCAAACACACGUGUACAAAUACUGUUCCUUUACCAGAAGUUUUAUAUCAGAUCAGCUCUGUGUAGCUAGCAUGACUGUUGUGUGGGUAUGUGUAUUUACAGUCCCAGGUCUCUGGUAGCACCACCAGCACUGUGCUGAGGAACCUGAUGUCUGACACCCUCUACACCGUCACUGUGGUCCCUGUCUACCCCCCUGGAGAGGGCAAACGCAUGUCUGAGAACGGCAAGACACGUGAGUCCACGUACAGGUUUACUGUUAGGAUGGUUAAUGUUAUGUAGUACAGCUUCAACAACCAUUUUCUCAUUGUAGUUGUCAUGAUAUACCCUGGCCACUCUGGAAUGUAAUGAAGAACCUGUGUUCAAUACAACAUGGUUAUAUUUCUACCAUUAUUGGUUCAGAAUUUCCUGAGGAGAAGAUUGUACAGUAUGCUAAAGGCUACAAUAUCAGAUUACGAAUUGGGUUUUUGUUUCGUCAUUCUUUUAGAGCUGGUAUAUCUGUAGAGCAUCCACUCUCUGGAAUAGUAUUGGCUUGCUUACUCCUUAUACCAGUAAGCUCUUGUAAUGCGCCCAAAAUAUGUCCCAGUCUUAUUGUACAUGAAUUUUCCUCAUAAAAUAAGCCAACCCCUUUUAUAUCUGGAGGCAAUGCCAAAAAGAUCUAACAUGGUUUGCUUCUCAUCUGUUUACUGCUGAAAUAUCCACUUCAAUGCUUGAUAGUGUGAUUCACUGUAGACACUAUAUUUAGUUUAUUAUUUCAGUUUUGAACAGAACAUCUCUCCCCCAGUUUUUCCCCCAGUUAUAAGGCUGGGCCUCCCCUCAGUGUGACUUAGUCUUUAGUGGGCUGAUUGCACAGCAAGGAAUUCCUCUGCGUUGGCAACACUAGUGGUGUCUCCAGCCUUACGGUAAUGGGGUCCGUUUAUGGGGUGUAAUGCCUGGUAGUGGUGGUGGUAGCACAGCGGGGGGAGGGCUAGCAUGGCGUGAGUAAUCUUCUCCCCGCAUGGAAGAAAAAACUAGAGGAGUGAAGAGAAUGAAUAGAGAGUCUUUUUUGACAUUCAACUCAGCAGUCUUCUCUAGACUGGCUAUAUUUAUGUUGUUACUGUUACUGGACCCCCCCAAAGCCAUAGCCUAAUGGUUUCCUGUCUAUCCUGUAAGAGACCUUAGUUCCUCUGUCCUGUAUUGAAUCCAUCAGAACGUACCCCAGGGGACACCGAGCAAUGAUAGCUUUGAAGCUUUUGAGCUCAAUCAGAAUUAUAGGACUCUACAUCUGCAUUCUUCAUUCUCAGUGGAAUCUAUGUCUCUUCAGGCAAUCCGACAAAUGUUAUUAAUCAAACUAAACAGAUACAUUUUAUCGUGGCCUUGGGUCAUCUCAUUCAAUUUAUGGAUUGAUGUAUUGCUCUGACAGAGGCUAUGGACAUGGACUAUCCAUUGAUGAAGUCCUUUCAUUCUUUGUCUCUGGCCAAUACUGUCUGGUCUCUAAGUAAAGAAGCUCAUCAUGUACUUCCCACUCUGUCUUUAUGAGGGUACAUUGCUGAGUGGUACAAAGACUGGAAACAUCUGCUUUAGUUUUAAAGGACAUUUUCAGAGGGCUACAGACCUUCUCUCCUCUUCUUCUGAGCAACCGUUAGCUAGGUACUAUAGUGUUGUUCACUAAAGGUGUACAGUGUAAAGCUGUUUAGAGCAGAGUCUGUGUGGUAUUGAAGACUGGCCAACUAUGUCGUGUUUUUCUGCAGUUUUGUAUUGUACACAGGCCCAGUGAUGGCUUCAUUGCGAACAUUCCCUAGUGUCUCAUUCAGCCAAUAAAUCUUUAGUCAGACUCUCUAAUUAAUGUUUUCAGCUGCUGUUCUCUCCCCACUCAACCCCACUCUCUUAUUUCCCCCCUCUCCCCUCUCCCUCUCGCCAUCCCUCCAUCUCUCUGUCUCUCGCUAUAGUGGAGCGUACUCCUGUGAGGAACAUCCAGGUCUUCGGCCCCACCACCAACACCCUGAACGUACGCUGGGAGCCCGCCUCUGGCGAGGUCGUGCAGUACAGGGUUGUCUACGCCCCCAUGAGCGGCACCAAGCCCUCCGAGUCGGUGAGUCACCACCAAGGAGACCCACAGGGCCUCUGAUUGACCCUGCCCCAGGUCAGAGGUCAAAUGUUAGAGUCCAGGGACUUUGGGUGUGUGCAAGGGUGGCCGAGUCCAACGCUUCAGUUCAUUUACAGCACUACAGCUCUUUGUGAAGGAACAGAACGGAACAACAUCAACCUCAACCUUGCCCCUGACUUAAUGUUAUUUAAAGAAAGCUCUCUCUGUCUGUGCUCCAUAUGGACUGUCUCUCUGGUGGCGGUUUUAUUUAACACUCUAGUACUGGUUUAAGGCAAGAUGUUCAUGUUUAUUAAUUAAAACAGGAAACCCCGUCUGGGCUUUUUCCCUCCUUUUCUGGCAUAGCUGUGCCCACAUCUCUGGAGUUAUAAAGGAUGUAUGGUGAAGCUAAAUGCCCCACAAACAACUAAUAGAGUGCUACUUGACACUGCGCAAACAGCCACAUCUGUGAGAAGCAUUGAGACACUGAUACCCAGUUUUUAUUUAAAGUCAAAGAACAUUAGUUAUUUGAAGAGUGAUGCUGUCCCAUUUUGUUUAUAGCUAAAGGUACUCUUGUUUUUUUAAUAAAGUCAUCACAUUUUGUUUCUUGGGGAAUAUUAUGAUGGAGUCAGGGCUGGGCUUUUCCAGUGGCAGAGCCAGCUUUCCACGUCAGCAUUCAUGUGGCCAGUGUCAUGACCUACAAUCAAAUGUAACCCUGGGAGAUUUGGUGUAUGCUUUACCAAAUUAGGAAAGCAGCCUUGUAAUAUUAGAUUUACCUCUUGAGAGGAACAUGUUGCUAUUAAACCCAGAGCAGUGACCGGAGUAAGGGUUUGAUGACGCUCAUCAAAAACAGUCAUGUGAAGCAGAGAGAUAGAAAAAACACACAUUGAGCAUGACGCAAUGCUGCUUUGGGUCAGAAGUGAGAGGGAAACCAGAUGGGUGUGGACAGGACUCCUGUAUAUUUUGUAUAGUAUGUGACUCUAGGUGACUAGGACAUGGCAGGUAGAUGAGAAGAUCAGAGAAGAGACUAGCUUACCUUUGAGAUCAUGUUGGCAAGACACAGACAAGUGGGGUCUGGUAUCCAGUAUGGGUGAACUCAGGGCUAACACAGACACACACAGACGACUGCUAGCCAGACAGAUAGGUCAGAAGAGCCAGGCGGCUGUAAGCAACUGUCAACACAUUACGUUAGUUACUCAGUAUAUUAUUGCCCUGACUGUCUGGAUGGGUCCUACAUCAUUGACAUCAAAAGCAUACUUUUGUUCCCCCUUUCAGUGAGCACUGAGCAGUAACAACACAAGUGGUCGUUGAGUGAGGUGAGGUGAGGACAAGCUGUGGGGGGGGGGGGGGGGUCAUAGCUGCCAGGACCAUGCGGUUCACAACAGCAUUACGGCAUGGUUGUUGUUUUCCCCAUACAGCUGAUACACUUUUCAAACAGGAAGUACUCCUCCCCCAUCUGGAUGUGUCAGUUAAGGCUAGCUUAACUGAUGUAGAAGAUCACUGUUCUUCUACAGAUCUCCUUGCUAUUACUGUUAAUUAUAUUCUUGAUCAGUGUUUUUCUAGUUUUCAGAAUCAAACAUGUGGGUAUGAGGGUAGUAGUUUGAUUGAAUCCAACCCCCUGUAAUGCCUGCUGUUUGCUUCAUCCUCCCAUUGGGCCCGGUCCUUCAGCACUGAAACCUGUGUCUCUGUCCUCUCUGUUCCUGUUCAGAUUCUGGUUUCUGGGACAUCAACCACCACCCUGCUGGAGCAGCUGGUCCCAGACACGCCCUACAAUGUGGGAGUGGUCGCCAUCUACACAGACGGAGAAGGACCGCCGGCCGAAGACGAGGGCAAAACACGUAAGAUCCACUAAAUCAAACAUAAGAUCAUGUGGCCUUUAUAGGUUUAUCUACAUCCACGUUUGUGCUUGAUAUCGUGCUAACUUCUUUAUUAUCCUGGGCCCAGUUCCCCGCAGUGGCCCAAGGAACAUUCGUGUGUAUGAUGCCACCACCAGCUCUCUGACCGUGGCAUGGGAACAUGCUGAAGGUCCAGUGCAGCAGUACAAGAUCACCUACGCCCCCACCACUGGAGACCCCAUUGAGGAGCACGUAAGCACCCAUAUUGCUGAUUUCUCUGAUGAUAUACUCAUCAAACACCACCAAAAUUGUAUAUGGCCCAAGGCGCAAUGUGUAGCCCAAAGUCCUUAUUUCUCCUCCGUUUGAAGUACCUGUAGCUUCAAAUAUUCAUGCAGUGUCCUGCCUGUGUGUCCUGUAGACUAUGGUUCCUGGGAACAGAAAUACUGUCAUCCUGCCCAACCUGGAUCCAGACACUCCCUAUAAGAUCAACGUGCAGGCCAUCUACCUCGACGGACCAGGGGGAGAUCUGGAUGGAGACGGACACACAGGUAUGCUAGCACAUUAUCUGCUUGAUCCUCAAUGCAACAUGAUAGAAUAACAGACCCACACAGCGCUCCACAAACGCACAGUUAUUUGCAGACACAUACUGUAAGUCAUAGUCACUCACACACACACACACACACACACACUUAAUGGAGAGAAAUAAUUCCCAGUAGAGGGGUUUUAUAAACUCAGCCACUGAUUAUUAUCCUGGAUCUGAGAAACAAUAGAAACUCCAUGACUUGGCUUCAGCUCAGUCUGCCUGUGUGUGCCAGAGAUGUGAACUGGCUGUCCUCCAAUGGGAGAUCUCAUACGGGAGCUGCCCAAUACCCAGUCUCAUUUCCACUAACAAAUUACACCACAUCAAAGCAAAGACUUAGCUUAGGAUCACAUGGCUAUGAUAUCCAUGUUAAGAGCGUUGUAAUAUGUUUUUAAUAUGUUUUGACUGUCUGUGUUUCCUUCCCCACAGUUGGCAUGCUGGGGCCUCAGAACCUGAGAGUGUCAGAUGAGUGGUACACUCGCUUCAGAGUGUCCUGGGACCCCGCCCCCUCCAGAGUGGUGGGCUACAAACUGGUCUACUCACCUGAAGGUCAGAUAGUUACUGUUCUAUUCUACUAUUCUAUUCUGCCGUGAAAGAACAUUGUCUGAUGACAAAUCACUUUACUUGCUUAAAAUACCUAUCCUGCAAUAGAAGAAAGUCACAGAUAUCUUUUGAAGAUGUGAUCGCUUGCCUGCUGUUAUUGACCUGGAGUGUCCCUGUCUGUGCUUGCAGGUACUGAUCAGACCAUGGAGACGUUUGUUGGAGAUGUGACCACCUACCAGCUGCCCAACCUGCAGCCAGGAACCACCUAUGACCUCAAGGUGUUGGCCCAGUAUGACACUGGCCUUAGCGGACCUCUCAUUGGACAAGGAACCACACGUAAGUGAUUGAUUGGUUGUUUGAUUGUUUGGUUGAUCAAAUGGUUGAUUGAUUGAUUGGUUAGUUGAUUGACUGUUCCUGUCUUUCACAGUGUACCUGAACAUCACUGACCUGACCACCUACAAUGUUGGUUAUGACACCUUCUGCAUGAGAUGGACCCCACAUAGGGCUGCCACAUCCUACAGACUCAAACUGAAUCCCUUCAACCGUAAGUACUGUACCUGGCUGGGAGCCAGAGGAGGCUGGUGGGAGGAGCUAUAGGAGGACGGGCUUAUUGUAAUGGCUGGUAUGGAUAUAAAUGAAAUGGAGUCAUAUGGUUUCCAUAUGUUUUGUGUUUGAUACCGUUCCAUUUAUUCCAUUUUAGCCAUUACAAUAAGCCUGUCCUUCUAUAGCUCCUCCCACCAGCCUCCUCUGCUGGGAGCCCAUUCAGUCCAUAUUACAUUGAUCCCAAUGGGGGAGGACUGUUUCUAUACAGUAGCUCUUGUUUUAUAUUUAUUUCAGAAUGUCUACUGUCGAUCAGAUAUGUAGCCAAAGUUACCACCCUAUCACAAAGGUGUAGUUGAUAAAAUGUCUUAAUGAUCCAUUUGUUUCGUAUUAACUCUCCGAUGCUAGAGUACUGUAAAAUAAAACAUAUUUAAGUCUGUUUACAGUAUGGUAGCCAUUAUAGAUGGAAGCAGUGCACUUUGCAACCUUAAGUGAAUUCUUGUUUGUUUGAAAGGGUAUCUGUUGAAUAACACAAAACACUGUAUAAGCCCGCUGCUGCCUCAGUCCAAGCGCUACUAUUGGCUGUAACCCCUCUGAGGGAAUACGUUUAGAGUGUAUGGGGAUAAAUCACCUGAUCCACUACCAAUGUGGGUAACUCUUUCCUCUUCCCUGCAGCCUCUAACAAGGGAGCUCAGGAGACCACCAUUACUGGGUCUGAGAGCCACUACUGCUGGGACGGCCUGACCCCUGACGCCCUCUACAAUGCCACUGUGUACACACAGACCCCCAACCUGGAGGGGCCCGGAGUCAGCGUCAAGGAGAGGACGCGUAAGAAACCCCACUAACCAUCAGACCUGUCACAUGUCACUUCCAUUGUAUUCAUACGUAUGUAUACCCCCCACCACACUCAGGGUGUAAGAAAACACCUCAGUGUCUUUGCAGGGGGCUAACAUGGCAUUCUAGUAAAGUCCAAAUGGUCUGACUGUUUAUGUUUUGGUCUUUGUUAUAGUGAUCAAGCCCACAGAGGCCCCAACUGAGCCCCCCACCCCACCUCCGCCCGCCACCAUCCCCCCUGCUUUGGACGGUAAGGAGAGGCUUCAAGUCAGCAUGCUGUGGAGCGACGUGAAGAAACUCUUUAUACGUCUCCUACCUGACAUGUCCAUUAACUUUGCUCUAUGUGUUCCACAGUGUGCAGAGGAGCCAAGGCUGACCUGGUUUUCCUGAUUGACGGCUCCUGGAGUAUCGGAGACGAGAGCUUCAGUAAAGUGAUCCAGUUUGUCUUCAGCAUGAUCGGCGCCUUCGACGUCAUCCACCCUGGCGGCAUGCAGGUACAUAGCCAUGAAGACUAUCCUCUGAGAUGUAAUGCUUCAAAACGAAAGUGAUGAGUCUCUGGCUGUUUACAGCAUAUUCCCUUCUCUUUUCCUUUUUAAGAGUAUAUUCACAUCAAUGCUCUAUCAUGUUCUCUCUCUCUCUCUCUCUCUCUCUCUCUCUCUCUCUCUCUCUCUCUCUCUCUGUCUCUGUCUCUCUCUCUCACUGUCUCUCUCUCUCUCUCACUGUCUCUCUCUCUCUCUCACUGUCUCUCUCUCUCUCUCUCUCUCUCACUGUCUCUCUGUCUCUCUCUCUCUCUGUCUCUCUCUCUCUCUCUCUUCUCUCUCUCUCUCUCUCUCUCUGUCUCUCUCUCUCUCUCUAUUCGUCUCUCUCUCUCUGUCUCUCUCUCUCUCUCUCUCUCUCUCUCUCUCUCUUCUCUCUCUCUCUCUCUCUCCUCUCUCUCUCUCUCUCUCUCUCUCUCUCUCUCUCUUUUUCUUCUUCUUCUGGAAACAGGUGUCUUUUGUGCAAUACAGUGACAGUGCCAAGACAGAGUUCAAACUGAACACUUACCAAGACAAGGGAAGGACCUUGGCUGCGCUGCAGCUCGUCCGCUACAUGGGAGGAAACACCAAAACAGGUACACCCACAGACCACUCUGACUGACUGCUACUCUCAAUGUUACUGACUGACAUCCUUAACACUCAAUGCAUAAUGUUGAGUUAAUCAAAAAGUCUAGAUACAUUCACUCAGCGUCAAUGUCAUCACAGUGUCUUCAUCAUGCUGGUGGAGUUGAAUGAGUCCAUAGUUAAAGGUUGAGACUGAUGUCCUACCCCUCUGUGUACAGGUGCUGCUCUGAAGCACGUUGGUGAGAAGGUGUUCACCUCAGACAAUGGCAUGAGGAAGCAUGUGCCUAAGGUUCUGGUGGUCGUCACCGAUGGUCGCUCCCAAGACGAGGUCCAGAAGAGUGCCUCCAACCUGAUACACUCAGGUAAGUGUUCAACGUUGGGAUUUGUCCUUAUAGAAGUCAGAAACUGGAUCUUUUCAGUCAAGGUUUAGUAAACCUUAGUUGACUUUAAACAUGCUUUGUGUGUAGCUAGCUACAUAACUUGUUUUGAGGUAUAGCAUUGUUUAGCUCUUUUGGGGGUUUUUCGGUUUUUCAAAUUGGAGUGUUUGAAGUACUGGCAGAUCUAAACAACCGCUGUGAAAUAGAUCUGAACAGCCACUAAGGAUUGAUUAGGCCAUGGUGUAUGGAUCAUAAUGGUUGUCUUUGUACUCACCUCACUCCAGGUUACAGUGUGUUUGUGGUUGGUGUGGCUGACGUGGACAUGGCAGAGUUGAGGAACAUUGGCAGCAAGCCAAGUGAAAGACACGUCUUUGUUGUGGAUGACUUUGACGCAUUCGCCAAGAUCCAGGACAACCUCAUCACAUUCAUCUGCGAAACGGCCACAUCCAGUAAGAUUGGCAUUGACAUUACACGAUACCUUAAGACACAAGUGAAACCAGAUUGACAUUUGCUGUCUGUUGCCCUCCAGUCUUUUACAACUUAUCAUGUUGUUUCAUUUCUCCCUCUUCAGCAUGUCCUUUGAUCUACAUCAACGGGUUUACUUCACCUGGUAAGUAAAUAUUCGGAAUAAACUGACAGCUACUGAUAACACCUACGGGCUAGUCAGUACUGUGCACUAUCUUCCUAUGUAUUGACUUGUAUUUUCUCAUUAUUGUGUAUUGACCUGAUGUAUAUUCUCCAGGCUUCAGAAUGCUUGAGGGCUUCAACAUUACAGACAGGACCUUCGCUGCCAUGAAUGGCGUGUCCAUGGAAUCUGGCUCCUUCAACAGCUUUAUAGCCUACAGGCUUCACAAGGACGCAUUCCUCUCUGCGCCCACAAAGUAAGUGUGUGUGCGUGUUUGCAGCCUGUUUCCGUUGCGGGCUGCCUGCUCCUCUCCUGCGUACUAUAAUGUUGGCCUGUGUAAUUAUUUUUAAUGACCUUCAAAGGCUCGGCAGCCUGCGUUCCCCCCAGCGCCCAUCCAGCAUCUACAGAGCCCCUUGCCAGUUCUGUUUGUUGUUGCAGCUUGUAGAAUAUGAGGUGUUAGUAAGAGAAAAUAAUUUGGGUCGGAGUGUAAAGCUCCCAGGGUAGGGCCCUCUCCCACAUAUGUCAUAGAGGGAGCAGCCAAAGCAGCCAGAGGUCAAGAGCCCUGCUCUUUAUUGAGCCCUGCUCUUUAUUGAGCCCAUUAAAAUGUCUUCAGGCAAUCGCUAAGCUGCUCAAGAAUUCUGUUCUAACAUCUAAGGCACGAGCAUGCUUUGUUAAUUUGUCCAUAAUGAUUCGUAUUUGUGCGUGGGUAAGCCAUUGACUUAAUGUGCACAAAUGAAAACACUUCCAGCAGUUAGGUAGGGACUGAAAAAUACUUUCAAUAUGUCAGUAAUUUUUCGAGGUUGGGGUAGAACUGGCAACCAUUUUCAGGUUGUGUGGCCAAUGUGACAGGGUGGAUAUUGUGUGUCUUUUUGGUUUAUGGUGUGGCUUUUAAGGUACCAACAUUGUUGCUAUGUAUCUUUGGUCUUCCAGGAGUUACAAAGGAUCUAGUAUUUCAUCCUGGCCAAAGGCUCUAUAGAUUACGAUUUGCCAUCUUAAUCCAAACAGGUCUUAGUGGACUCUCUCAUGUUGCUCAAAGAUUUAUGAUUAUCUGAUGAUCUAUACCCACUGGGCACACACUGGUUGAAUCAAUGUUGUUUCCACGUCAUUUCAAUGAAAUUACAUUGAACCAACGUGGAAUAGACUUUUGAAUUGAUGUCUGUGCCCAGUGGGUAAACUAGUGAUCAGAUAUUCUCAGGGCUGGUGUCUAUGAAGUUGACCAUCUUACAAAAGUAAAAUCCCUUAGCUCCAUGAAAGAGCUCUGCCAUGACACCUGUAUUUUUGUUCCUGCCAGGGAGAUCCACCCAGAGGGCCUUCCUCCAUCCUACACCAUAAUCCUGCUCUUCCGUCUCCUCCCCGACACCCCCAACCAGGCAUUUGAUAUCUGGCAGAUUGCUGACGGCAACAACAACCCUGAGGUCGGGGUCACCGUCAACCGUAAGCCCCCAUCAUGCUUUGUUUCUCUUAUGGGGUAAGCUGUGGCUGCCCAACAGCUGUGGUGUGAUUCCCCUCCUUACUGCAUCAGAUAAGUGUUUAGAAACUUAGACCAGUGUAAUGACCUGUAGGCCACUAAGGUCCACUGAUCCCCUGUUGGUAAAUUCAGGAUAAAGGAGAUUCAGACCUCUGAAUGCAAAAGUAUUAACCCCAAGACUUGGCUGUAUCAAGCUGUCUCUCAUAGAGUGUUUUGGUUUGACACUGACUUUUCACACUCUGUGUGUAUUUCCAAGUCCGUACGUGUUCACUUGUGUGCCUAAGUUUGUGAUCAAGUAUUGUACCUAAGUAGUCACUUGUUACUUGUUAAGUAUUCAAGUGUUUACUUGUUCGUAAGUGUUUAAUUUUGAGGGCUAUCUCCCCUGUAGCUCACUCUGUUUGUGUGUUUCCAUGUGUGUUGCGUGACUUCUCCCUGUAAUGUAUGGUUAGGGGGCCAUCUGAAACCAUUGUUCCCUCUUUUCAGCUUCCAGCAAAACAAUCACAUUCUACAACAAGGACACCAGAGGGGAGAUCCAGAGAGCCACGUUUAAUGAGGAUCAAGUGAAGAGAGUUUUCCACGGAAGCUUCCACAAGGUAAACACCAUUUCACUUGAAUGAGAACGGUUUGUGGGCCAUAUGAUGACAUUAAUGCUUGCCAAAGGAAUCACAUAUCUUGGCUUAUCUUUCUGGUUGGAUUUCCUGAGGACAUACAGAUCAGCAAUAAUCUGCAAUAAAUUGUAAUAAUAACUUCCAAAACACCAGGUUCCAAAGAUACAUUUUCACAUGAAUAAUGGAUUUCUGUGGUAACAUUUUUUGAUACAUUUUCAGGGGAGAUUAUCCCUGUCUGGGAUGUGUAACCUUGAUAUGGUCACCACCUAUGAUAGAUUAGGUGUUUCAAGAGUCUUUAUGGGCGGUCAUGUCUGUUCAUAGUUGACGUUUCUGUGGAUUAGUGUUAUGCCUCAUUGAGUUCACCUCCUGAGGUGAUAAUCAAUGCAAAGUCUAAGGUCUAGCUAGGAUCUGGUUACCUACCUCUCACGACAUUGAAUGUGAUCCAUCUUACAGUAGUGCCAAAGUGGCAUAUUCAGGCCUUUUUACAAUCUGGCGUUUAGCUUUGUUUUCUGAGACUUUAGGCAGUUAUUUUGAUGAAUGGUUUGGAAGCACUAUAAAUAUCUUUCCAAAGGUUGGAGGAGACUUUGGUGACCCCAUGGUCACCUUGCACAAUGUGCAACCAGUUAGCCUAGCGAUGGAGGCUUAUAGUGUGCUGAUUGGCCAUUGUCCUGGCGGCAGUCAGGUGGGAAUUCCUGAACAUUCUGAGGAAGUGGGCUGUUAUUGGAUCAGUGUUUGUUUUGGUUUACCUCGUUUACAAUAAAUAAAACCUGAUACAUUGGGAAAAAGACCAGGUCGUACAUUUUACACCGCAAAACAGAAAGCUAGCUGCGUAUGCCCAAUUAAGUAUUUUCAAGAGAGUUUGCUGCUUGAAUCGAAUUAUCUGUCAAUAACAAUAAUUUCCUCCUUUAACAGAUGGUUUCUAAAAGUCAGGGAAAAUCCUCUCAAAGUAUUAUUACACGCCAUGUUUGCAGCCGGGGGAAUAAACUGAUGAAAUCGACCCAAAAAUUCAACAAGCCCAAAGAGACUUACAAACAUCUGUCAACAUGAAUGGAGAUAUUUUGAGAUAUAUUGCAUCUCCUAUACUUUACAUUUUCCUGCCUCUGAGUGUGGAUUCCCAUUGGCACCCUGUUACUUUUCUAUGGUGGGAUUACAAUGUCAAGUCUGAGUGGGGGUGGGAGUACAUACCUAUAGUCAUUAGUCACUGAAGGCUUUCAACCCUGUUGAAAUAACACUGUAGAUGAUGCCAUAAUUGUUUUAAAAAGCCAUUGUUUCUCUAGAAUGAUUUUGUAACAUGCCAAGUUUUAAAACCAUCAUAUACAGUGUUUUUGCCACAUUCUGGGGACCUCAAUGUCACAGCAGGAGUAGAGGAGCUCACAUGGGACAUCAAACGCUAGGCCCAACUCAAAGCAGAGCAGAAUAUAAAACAUCCUCUGUUAUGCUCAGCUAUCAUAAGAUGAAAAGGAGUUAAACAAUGAACGUCAGUAUUUUUUCAUAUUAUUUUAUGAAUGUUCCAAGAUGUAAGAUACAUCUAAGAUGAAGAUAUUACUGUUUCCAGUGGACUUGAAUAAUGUUUCAAGUGUAUCCAAUGUUUCUGAAGGGGAACAAUAUCCCUCCUAUUAUAUAAAAACUUGAGUAAUUUAUUUUUCUAAAAUCAUGAGGACCCUCCCUCUAGUGUAGUGUACAUCAAAUGUACUUCCUAAGGUCAAUGAGUCCACUCUGAACACUUAGAAGUUAUGAGGGAGAAUGGUAUGCCCACAGAACCUCAAGUUAAUGUAGUUUCAGUCAGACCACUAAGCAGCAGUGCUAAUUACAGGAUAAUGUUAUGAAUGGGACCCUGGAAAAUGUUGGGUCAGGGCUAUAUCCGAUGACAUCAGUGACAUCAGCACAAUGACAUAAUCAGAGCUCCAGUUGGAUACCUAUGUGUCUGUGUUUCUUUUCUAUUGCUGUGGUGGUGCCUGCAGUCUGAGCUAGUGUGUGGUGCUGUGGUUACUGCUCUGAGGCAAAAGGAAUCUACAGCUGUCUACCUACCAGAUUAAUUCCUGGUCUGGUGCAUGUGUGUACUGUAGUUAUUGACUGGUGUGGUUGUCUGUUUGUGUAUAUUGUGGGUUCCCAAUGGUUCAUCCAUGGGUGGUUUGGAGUGACCUCAGCGUGUAGCUAGUGACUAGUGACCAGCGAGGUCAGAAAAGACAGCUGAUCUUAAAUACAGGGAAAGUCCAGCUGUCACACAAAUGCUCAAAUGUAGCCCUUAACAUGUAUAGUGUGCUCUACCUCAGAGCAGUUCAUAUCUUUUAUAUGAACUCAGAAUAGAUUGUUAUUAGACUCACAAUACAUUUGAGGUUUUCUCCUCCCCUCAACUAUUUCACUCACCAAAUGAAUAGUUAAUACUAAGAUUAGACAUGUCCAUGGGAAAAUAUGAGACAACUAACCCAAAACAACCCUCAUCUCUAUUCCUAGUCUGACCCAUGCUCUCAUUUGAACUAUAGUCCUGAUGUUUGCCAAGUGUAGUAAAAUGUGUAGGGUGUAGCUACUUCAUAUAGUUUAAUUGCAGGGUGAACGUUUUUUCAUCAACUCAUAUACUGUAUGUAUCAUUGGUGCCAUUGGGGGUUUUGCAUUUUGUUUGCGAUCAAGUGGAAAUAUGAACGUUUUUGGUGGUUUUCGUUAUAGCUAGAUGUAUUCAGUCCACCCACUCUGCAGUUUCCCCAUACUUAAAGCUUCACAAAUGCAGCUAUUAUUCUCUGAGAGGACCCAAACUCUCUCAAACUUUCCAUUCAGGGAUUGGGUGGUUAGGUUUUGCCAGUAUUUGCAUGCACUAAUUGUGGAAGAAGAAAUGCUCCAAAGAACCCAAAUUGUUUAAAACGUUGGUCUUUGGUCAAUCUCUAACUGAUACUUUGCCAUAGCCCUGACUGCCCUCGUUGUACUCUCGGUAUUACAGUGUUUCCUCUGAUGCCUUCUUUAAAAGUCUUCCAUUCCGUGAGGUAGCCAAGCAGAUUUAAUGACGCAUACAACCAUUCCAGCACUAGAGGAAGCCACUCAGAAAUGAAAUGGUGACUUUACAACCAAGGCUAAGCAAGCUCCUUUUCGGAAGCCUGGAUGGGAAUAUUGCAUCGUCCUCCAAGACUGGAUAUGGUGGCAGUAGUAUACAUAAACUAGGAUUAUGUCUCUUCCUGAUAAAAGUUGUCGAUCUGUGAAUGCAAUUUAGCAGUGCAUCAAAAAAUUUCAGAUAAGUGAGAGAGAGAUAUGUCCACUUUUGCUUUUAAUCAAACUAAUUAAGGAAUCCUAUCUUAGGUAGCGAGGCUGCAUGUGAAUUGUGAUUUCCCCAGCUAUCAGGGCUCAGGAGUGAGAAACAGGAGGAGCCGUGAAGACAUAGCCAAUACCAAUAAAAUGGAGUCCGAUAGAAAUCAUGAACGUAUGUCAGGGGAACCAGGGGGAAAGAACGCAACAGAAGCCAAAAUAUGACUAUAUGCACUGUUACUGUGCUAUGUCUGUGGACUGGACACCUAGCUCUGAUAUAGCCUUUAUUAUGGUGUCCACAGUAUACCAAUGGGAGAAUCCAUACUAGUGUGAAUGGAGUGCUAAGAAAGAGAUGUGUCCAAGAUGUGCCAAUGUUCAGAAGUGUUUUUGUGAAUCCUAAUUUUCCAGUAAUAUUUUCCAGUUAUGUAUACAUUCGUAUUAUUUGCACUUGCAGUACAUCAUUGAGCAUUAUUUUGGUAAGCCCUCAAGUGAAUCAUAGUAUAUCUAUGUCCAUGCCAGGAUCCUGAGGUAUCAGACCCCUCUCCUGUGGUUGGCUAGAUAGUCUGUUCUCUUGCCAAGAAAGUCCACUGUAAUUUCGUGAGUGCUUGCCAAGUGCGGUUGUUAUUGCUCUGUAGGACAGGAAUGUUAGCCUGCUCUCUCUGUCAGGGUGAAAGCUUGUCAGACUGUUCGAAAAAAUGCAACUGCGCAGGAAAGUAUGUAAAGUGUGGCACUUUUGAUGGUGUACCACAAAUAACAUAAUUUCAAAGGCCCAUAUUCUGUGGGUUGUUUCAUAUAUAGCUUAUAGCUUGUUUUAUUUUUUAGAUUAUUUAAUGUUCCGUUGAUCAGUGAAAGUGGCUGAAAUGAACUUUCUUCCAAGGGACCUACAACCAGAAUGUUCUUACAUGAUACUAAGCUAUAUAAUAACUUAAUUAUGAGGAGGACUGAAUAACAAAUCAUCUUAAUAGUGGUGAUUUAGUGAAAUACAGUAUCAGCAUCUUAAUAAAUAUCAGUUAGACUAUAGGUUUAUGGUACGAGAUAAUGUUGCUUGUUAUGUCUUUCCAUUGUAGAGAGAGGUUCUCUUUUAAUGCAGAAAUGGCAUGUCAAAAACACUGGACGCUCUCAAACCUCUUUGGCAAGCCUGGAUGUCCAAACAUUGUAAUAAAAUAAUAAAAACUUCUCUUUGGAAAUGUGUUUUUUUGCAUAUCCCAACUCCACCUGAGACACCCUCUGAGACUGUGGUCACUGCCAGGGUCAGCCGUUAUCAAGGUGACCCCGGAGCAAUUAGGGUUAAGUGCCUUGCUCAAGGGCACAUUGACCGAUUUUUCACCUUGUCGGCUCUGGGAUUCAAACUAGUGUCUUUUCAGUUACUGGUCCAACGCUCAAACUGCUAGGCUACCUGCCGCCCGUUGUUGUUGCUGUAGUAUUUCAUAUUGAGAUUAGAGUGGUCUUGACUAAUAAUCCUCUCCUCUUCCUCCUCCUGCUACAGCUUCACAUCAGUGUUUCUCCCGAGAGGGUCAAACUGAACGUGGACUGCCAGGAGGUGGCAGAGAAACCCAUCAAGGAGGCCAACAACAUCUCCACAGACGGCUAUGAGGUGCUGGGAAAGAUGGCCAAGUCAGGAGGAUCAAAGAGGGAGUCGGCAACAGUGAGUGAAAAAUGUACAACACUAAUUCAAAAUGGAAAACCUCGAAGGAAAUGCAUCCCUCACUCACACACACACAAGCUGUUGGUGUGAAGUGCAAAGUGCCCAGAUUUGACACCUAGCUGUUCAUUUGUUGAUGCUCAAUUAAGAGCUACAACUCACAGUCAUUGUUGGAUGAAUGAAAGACGCUGCUCUCUCUCCCUCUCAUUUUACUUGUGUUCCAGCUCUCUGUGGGUGAUGGCCUGUUUCUGGAGCCAUGUUGUUUUUGAGUCCUCAACGCUGGAGCUCAAUGGAAGCCAUGUGUAACGCCCAUCUGUGUUCUAAUCUCUUUUUUCUCUCCGUUCUGUUGUACAGUUCCAGCUCCAGAUGUUUGAUAUUGUGUGCAGCUUGAGCUGGACCAGCAGAGACAAAUGUUGUGACCUCCCAGCCACGGUAAGAGCAGUUUCGCUGUGGACGGCCCUCCAGUAAGGCCUCAUAGCUGUACAGUACCAUCAAGCCUUUGCACUUUGACUCGCAUUCUAGCAUGGACUAUAAAUUAAGAGAGCCAUUAUAUUCUUGCAUGCAUGCAUGUGUCAGAGGUUCUAUGUAAUUUCUAAAGUGUGCACGUGCUGUAUAGACUUUGUCUGAAGCCUAGCUGGGAAUUUUUUUUAAAUGAAAUGAUUGCAUUGGCAGGCCUGAAUAGACCAUUGUAUUCCUCUUUAAUUGGACUAAUCUCAGUACAGUUUUACAAUUCCAAUCCCACCAAAACAACUGGUCCUUUUGAUCAUGUGGUGAACAGAUGAAUCAUUGUACUUGAUUGUAUCUGUGACAUGUUUAUUACCAGAUACAUGUGCACUUACUUACUUGACUGUAGCCAAUUACCCAUCUAUCCCUCUCUGUGUCAUUUGCAUGAUAUGUUCAUAUAUCAUGGCAAAGAAGGCUGUGUUGUGUAAGUUGUCACAUAUUUCCUUCAAACAAAACAGUUGGGUGUAGACCAUGCACUCCACUAUUGCAGCAGUCAUGUUUCAGUAUGCACCCCCGUUUUCUAAUGGCUUUAGUAGCUUUUCUAAUGGGUUUCCUUGAAGAAAACUUCAAGGCACCAUUUUAUUGGUUUGGGUUGUCAGAGCAGUGGCACUCAUUUUCAAUACAGAUACUCCUAUCUGCACUUGUUGUAUUUUGUGGGUUACCAGAAAGGCCCACUGAUGUCAAGAGAUGCCCAAUGGGACAUACUAUUAAUAUUGUAUUUUAGUAAAGUAUUUUUUUACAUUCUCAUUAUCUUCCUUACCCUCCCCCUCUCCUUCCUUUCUGUAUUGCAGAGAGAUGAGCUCAAGUGCCCGGCUCUUCCCCAUGCCUGCACAUGUGCACAGGACAGCGUUGGUCCUCCGGGGCCACCCGGCCCCUCGGUAAAGACAUGAACCAUCCCUCCAUUUCUCCUCGUCUUGGGGCAGGGUUCUCUCUUCUUCGGUCUGUCCUCGCCUGGCAGCAAAGCUCUCUCUCUACUCUCUCAUAUAAUAAUGAUGAUGAUACCUCUGUCUCCACUAUGAUGAUGUGGACAUAUAGGAAUAGUGUUACAGGGGUAUUCUUUUUUCUUCAUAAUUGUUGCCCUGCUCUAAAGUUUAAGCAUGUGGAUAUUAGAGUGGGGACAUCCCUCAUGUGAGUAUCUGUGUUUUUUCCCAUGGAAAACGAAUGAGAGGGGGAUGAGAUGAAUGGCGUGCGAUGAGGUGUGGGCUAUCAGGCUUAGAGAUGUGUCAAAAGAUAAAUGCCCAUCUGAAAAGAAAACUGGAAAAACCUUGAAGAGGAGUCUGGAAUAUGUAUGCUUCACUUUGCAACCUUACUAAGCCCCUGUGGGAAUUCCUGCCGGCUUGGGGUUUAGGUCUGGAAGCAGCUCCUGUUGUGGGGAUGGCUCUGAUUCUCAGUCUCUGACUCUGUCUUUCAUUCUAUCUUGACUUUCCCAGGGUGGACCAGGUACUAAAGGACCCAGAGGAGAAAGAGGAGACUCAGGCCCAACUGUAAGUCAAGAAUUUGGAUCAUUAUCAAGCUAUUUAACACACACUUAACACACACAGCGAUUAAUGAGUCUGAGUCAUUGGAUAUUAUGGUGUUGUGUGGCCGAGCCGCAAUCAAACGUUGAAUCAAGCCAUAUCCAACUGAGCUAACUCGGCUACAGUCCAAGGCCCAACUCAUUUACAAUAAAGCAGAGUUCAGCCUAAUGCAGUAGGGAUCUCAAAGCAGUUACCACUGAACUGUACAGUCCACCAUUCGCAUGCCCCAUCAGACAAUACAGAUUGCUCACAUCUGAACUCACUUAUUGAAUGUACUGUAUAUUCUUCAGCUUGAUUUGUACUGUGUAUUUUUCACCAGCUUGAUUUAUGGAGGCCAGUGUCGAGAGGUCUGAUGAGAAAUAGAACAUAAUAUGCCAUUUAGCAGACGCUUUAUCCAAAGCGACUUACAGUCAUGCGUGCAUACAUUUUUUUUGUGUAUGGGUGGUCCCGGGGAUCGAACCCACUACCUUGGCGUUACAAGCGCCGUGCUCUACCAGCUGAGCUACAGAGGACCACAUGUUCCUCACCAACAGUUACUGACUGUUCUGGUUCCUUCUCAUUCUCUCAGCCCUGCUGUGGAGGUCUACAGGGAGAUAUGGUGUGAAUAGUUUAAAAGUAAUGGGACUAUGUUUGGUUUUGUCAUUAUGCUUCUACCAUAGGGUUCAAUGGGCCCCCGUGGAGAACAAGGACUUCCAGGACCAUCCGGACCUCCAGGUCCACAAGGCCCUAACGGCUUGUCUCUGCCCGGAGAACCUGUAAGUAACACCCCCUUAGAUUAUGAGGACACUGGUGUCUUAGGGGUUUGUGUUAGUGAACAUAGAAAUAUAAUUGCAUUGAAGGGAUUCUAUUUCUAUGUCUCUGACCGUCACUGCAGCUAUCUUUCAUCUGGAGUGUUCUGUAGGAUUCACAGUGUGUGGGGACUGUAGGACGUCCUCCCUGGCUUAUGAUUUACACACACAGUUACUGAGCGUUAAGAAGACCCUAUUUAUUCUAGACAGUUCUUCCUCCUAGAAAUUCUCCUAAAGCUGGGGUGUAAAUUCACUCUCAGUGACAGACUACAUGACCAAGAGAAAGACCAGAUCCCUGUAGUUGUUCAGGGUUGGACUCAAUUCUAAUCCUCUCCUUCUCUUCGUCUUCUCAGGGACGCCCCGGACCAAAGGGAGAUCCCGGAGACUCGGGCCUGACUGGGCUGCAAGUGAGUACAGCUCUCUUUUUCAUUAGCUGUGGUUUCGAACAGGAAACCGGAGGCAAUUCACUGAGAGAAACAGCGCUACUGGAGCCUGGAAUCUGUCCACAUGGCAACGCUGCAACCACUUUCAAAGUGGGAGGUAGACCAUACAGUCCCCAGAGUGGGGUAUUCUCUCCAAUCAACCUGCUGUUUGACACUCAGUGGACGGCUACCAGUUAAGAUAUUAUGGGAAACAGAAUGGUUUUGCCAAUGGGAGUUGAGGAUUGAAAUGAACUGUACAUGUUCCACUACUGUCCUGCAACUGCACAUACUCUAAACCCUGCAGUCAAGGCCAAAAAGAGGGAAUUGCAGACUAUUCAUUGCUCUACUUAGGUACCACUAAUUGGAUUUAAAUAGCUGGGAAAGAAUGUAUUGAGAAGACAAACAACCUCAGUAUUGGAUGAGUACAUCCCUCAAGGUUGCCAAUGACCACAUGAUUAUGUUCUCAAAGCGUAUUUGGAGCAUACAUUGUAUCAAAAGCCCAAAGAGCGAUUUCUGGAGACAAUGGGACGAAAGAUCAGGAGUUUUCUUGGAAGAUAUCCUUCAUAUUCUCAUAGAUGGACUCCUUGUCCAUCUUAGAAGGGGACCACAACAUACUGUGAUACUUCUUUGGAACUGGUCCUCCACACAAUAUCCACCAUGGCCAGGGACUUUACAAACUGAAAACUCCAGUGCUGAAUGAUCUGAGGCCCCUUAAUUCCAACGAUUGGAGGGAGUAUUCUGUAACGUUAACAAUUUUUUAAAAUGUUUACAUUUUAGUCAUUUAGCAGACGCUCUUAUCCAGAGCGACUUACAGUUAGUGAGUGCAUACAUUUUCAUACUGGCCCCCCGUGGGAAACGAACCCACAACCCUGGUGUUGCAAGCGCCAUGCUCUACCAACUAGCUACAGGGGACUACAAUGAUAUGAGCAUCAUUUACAUAGUUGAGAAUUUCGCAUCCCAUCAAGGACGACUUUACUUUUGGAAUAGGAGACUCCCCUGAACCCUAACAAUUACCCUGUGAAGUUAAUAAUACUAAAGAAUAAUUUUGUUGAGAAUUUCUCAUUGCAUUAAGAUGAUUAUGGCUAUAGCAGCCUUGUCUGUCAAAAGCUCCUGCUAACAACAUACAUUUCAACAGCCAAGACACGUAUCCUAAUGUAUUGGCCGUAAGAUGCAUCAGCGAAGUGUAUUAUGUUCUCACUAAAUCACAAGGAAACUAGAGAGCCGCUAUUACAGGGAGAAACGAGUACCUAUAAUUUCUGGCAAUAUGAAAAUGCAAUUAUGGGCCAUUUGAGACAAGUCCGAUGUGUGUGUUAUUACUGGUUAUCACAGUUUGAUUGAGUGUGUUGUGUUCCUGCAGGGUCCUGCUGGUGCUGCUGGUCCUAUGGGUCCUGUUGGACCAGGUGGAGUGAGGGUAAGAUCUGCCUCUCUGUGCCUCUACACAGAGCUGCUCAGUGUACAGGCCCUGUUGAAAGGCCAUGAAUCUAGCCAGCACCUACUUAAGCACGUGUGCAUGUGAUCACCUACUUAACUCAACGUGUGCAGUUAAAAUGUUGUGUGCUCAUAGUAUUCUGUUGCAUGUUAGUGAUGUUACUACCCAUGUCAGAUGACGUAGUUUGAUUCCAUUGGACUGCUGCAGUAAAAUACAGUACAGAGAUGGGUCACUAGGGAGAUUAGAGAGGUCCUGGUUUAUUUCACUAUAUCUUUAUAGUCCCAUCUCUUGGAACGACAACAUAACUUUGAAACAACAACAACUUUAUAGCAACAACUUAAUGACUACAAUUAAACUUAAUGCCAACUUAUUUUUAAUGAAGUGUGACUUUUAUUGUUGCCUGUUUGUGAUUGCCCAUCUUCUUUCCCCAGGGACCACCAGGGAAGGAAGGCCCAUCGGGACCUAGAGGCCCAACGGGACCGAUGGUGAGUACUGGAUUGCAGCCAAGAGAAGUAAAACCUCCUGGGAGUGUCUUUUAAUGCCUGACAGGAAUUAUUGGCGCCGGAGAAGAUGGCUGCCGUUUUACAGCCCUCUAACCAAUUGUACUAUUAUGCGUGUUUUUUCGCGUUAUUUAUAAUUUAUUCUGUACAUAAUGUUUCUGCCACUGUCUCUUAUGACCAAAAAGAGCUUCUGGAUAUCAGGACAGCGAUUACUCACCUCGUAUUGGACAAAGAUUUUUUCUUCAAUGAGUCGGACGCAAAGGAUAUUCUACAGACACCAGACAAUGCCCAAAUCCCUGUCAUUCGCAUGAGAAAGAGACGGUAUCGGGGUGCCUUGUAAGGAUCCGACGGCGAGCGAGUAAACUGCCUCUUCCAUCAAUCCUAUUAGCCAAUGUUCAAUCAUUUGAAAAUAAAUUGGACGACCUAAGAUCAAGGUUAUCCUACCAACGGGACAUUAAAAACUGUAAUAUCUUAUGUUUCACCGAGUCGUGGCUAAACGACGACAUGGAUAACAUACAGCUGGCGGUAUAUACGCUACAUCGGCAGGAUAGGAUGGCUGACUCCGGUAAGACAAGGGGUGGUGGUCUGUGUAUAUUUGUAAACAACAGCUGGUGCAUAAAAUCUAAUACUAAGGAAGUCUCAAGGUUUUGCACGCCUGAGGUAGAGUAUCUCAUGAUAAGCUGUAGACCACACUAUUUACCAAGAGAGUUUUCAUCUAUAUUUUUUGUAGCUGUCUAUUUACCACCACAAACCGAUGCUGGCACUAAGAUUGCACUCAAUGAGCUGUAUAAGGCCAUAAGUAAACAGGAAAACGCUCAUCCAGAGGCAGCACUCCUAGUGGCCGGGGACUUUAAUGCAUGGAAACUUAAAUCUGUUCUACCUCGUUUCUACCAGCAUGUUAAAUGUGCAACCAGAGGAAAUAAAACUCUAGACCACCUUUACUCCACACACAGAGACGCAUACAAAGCUCUCCCUCGCCCUCCAUUUGGCAAAUCUGACCAUAACUCUAUCCUCCUGAUUCCUGCUUAUAAGCAAAAACUAAAGCAAGAAGCACCAGUGACUCGGUUAAUAAGGAAGUGGUCAGAUGACGCAGAUGCUAAGCUACAAGACUGUUUUGCUAGCACAGACUGGAAUAUGUUCCGGGAUUCUUCCGAUAGCAUUGAGGAGUACACCACAUCAGUAACUGGCUUCAUCAAUAAGUGCAUCGAUGACGUCGUCCCCACAGUGACCGUUCGUACAUACCCCAACCAGAAGCCAUGGAUUACAGGCAACAUCUGCACUGAGCUAAAGGCUAGAGCUGCCGCUUUCAAGGAGCGGGACUCUAACCCGGACGCUUAUAAGAAAUCCCGCUAUGCCCUCCGACAAACCAUCAAACAGGCAAAGAAUCAAUACAGGACUAAGAUUGAAUCGUACUACACUGGCUCUGAUGCUCGUCGGGUGUGGCAGGGCUUGCAAACUAUUAAAGACUACAAAGGGAAGCACAGUCGCGAGCUGCCCAGUGACACAAGCCUACCAGACGAGCUAAAUCACUUAUAUAAUCGCUUCAAGGCAAGCAACACUGAAGCAUGCAUAAGAGCAUCAGCUGUUCCGGAUGACUAUGUGAUCACGCUUUCCGUAGCCGAUGUGAGUAAGACUUUUAGGCAGGUCAACAUUCACAAGGCCGCAGGGCCAGACGGAUUACCAGGACGUGUACUCCGAGCAUGCGCUGACCAACUGGCAAGUGUCUUCACUGACAUUUUCAACACUGAGUCUGUAAUACCAACAUGUUUCAAGCAGACCACCAUAGUCCCUGUGCCCAAGAACACUAAGAUAACCUGCCUAAAUGACUACCGACCCGUAGCACUCACGUCUGUAGCCAUGAAGUGCUUUGAAAGGCUGGUCAUGGCUCACAUCAACACCAUUAUCCCAGAAACCCUAGACCCACUCCAUUUUGCAUACCGCCCCAACAGAGCCACAGAUGAUGCAAUCUCUAUUGCACUCCACGCUGCCCUUUCCCACCUGGACAAGAGGAACACCUACGUGAGAAUGCUAUUCAUUGACUACAGCUCAGUGUUCAACACCAUAGUGCCCUCAAAACUCAUCACUAAGCUAAACACUAAACACCUCCCUCUGCAACUUGAUCCUGGAUUUCCUGACGGGCCGCCCCCAGGUGGUAAGGGUAGGUAACAACACAUCUGCCAUGCUGAUCCUCAACACGGGGGCUCCUCAGGGGUGCGUGCUCAGUCCCCUCCUGUACUCCCUGUUCACCCAUGACUGAAUGGCCAGGCACGACUCCAACACCAUCAUUAAGUUUGCAGACGACACAACAGUGGUAGGCCUGAUCACCGACAACGAUGAGACAGCCUAUAGAGAGGAGGUCAGAGACCUGGCCGUGUGGAGCCAGGAUAACUACCUCUCCCUCAACAUGAUCAAGACAAAGGAGAUGAUUGUGGACUACAGGAAAAAAAAGAGGACUGAGCACGCCCCCAUUCUCAUCGACGGGGCUGUAGUGGAACAGGUUGAGAGCUUCAAGUUCCUUGGUGUCCACAUCACCAAAAAAUUAUCAUGGUCCAAACACACCAAGACAGUUGUGAAGAGGGCACGACAAAGCCUAUUCCCCCUCAGGAGACUGAAAAGAUUUAGCAUGGGUCCUCAGAUCCUCAAAAAGCUAUACAGCUGCACCAUCGAGAGCAUCUUGACUGGUUGCAUCACCGCCUGGUAUGGCAACUGCUCGGCCUCCGACCGCAAGGCACUACAGAGGGUAGUGUGUAUUGCCCAGUACAUCACUGGGGCCAAGCUUCCCUUCAUCCAGGACCUCUAUACCAGGCGGUGUCAGAGGAAGGCCCUAAAAAUUAUCGAAGACUCCAGCCACCCUAGUCAUAGACUGUUCUCUCUGCUACCACACGGUAAGCGGUACCGGAGCGCCAAGUCUAGGUCCAAAAGGCUUCUUAACAGCUUCUACCCCCAAGCCAUAAGAUUCCUGAACAGCUAAUCAUGGCUACCCGGACUGUAUAUUAUUUUACAUUUAAGUCAUUUAGGAGACGCUCUUAUCCAGAGCGACUUACAAAUUGGAUCUAUGCAUAGUCACUUUAACUCUACCCACAUGUACAUAUUACCUCAAUUACCUCAACUAACCGGUGCUCCCGCAUGCUAACUCUAUACCGGUACCCCCUGUAUAUAGCCUUCCUACUGUUCUUUUAUUUUACUGCUGCUCUUUAAUUAUUUGCUCUUUUUAUUUUUAACUUAUCUGUUUUUUACUUAACACUUUUUUAUUUUCUUAAAACUGCAUUGUUGGUUAAGGGCUUGUAAGUAAGCAUUUCACCCUGUUGUAUUAGGCGCAUGUGGCAAAUUGAUUUGAUUUGAUUUGAAAAGACACUCUGGCUCCAGAUCUAACUGCCUCUGUUAGUUAGCCUGCAGCACGUGGUCAAAACACAGACAAACUCAGUCCUUCAGUCAGUAUUGACGAUAAAGCGUGCGUCUCAUUCUCUAUACUGUGGUGGAGGCCUGCCUCCAGUUAAUGGCCACACCAUGCAAAUAGGAAGAGGGCCAGCGCUGAAUUUACAUACAGCCUACUUUACCAUAAGGACUGCUCUGAAGACCAUUAAGCAUCCUAUUCCUCUUGGGAGUGUUUCCACCCACUUUAGUGGUCUUGGCACAGUAUACUGUAUGGUGCCUUUACUGUGGAUAUACAACACAAUAUAGGGCUGGACCUUAUUAUACAACAUGUUAUUUAACAGAGACCGGGAGUGGUUGUUGUUCUUGUAUUUACUCAUUGAUAACUUUGGUAAGUAGAUGUAACAAUAACGCUGUUAUCUUUCCAUCAUCCAGGGAAGUCCAGGAUCUCCAGGAAACACAGGAAACACAGGCAACCAAGGAAAACCAGGAGACACAGGAAACCCAGUAUGUACAAACACAAGUGGUCAUAUGGUGAUUUGCAUGGGUCAUCAAGGAGACAAUGGCCAAGAUGUGCCAAAAUAGUGCCCCUCUGCAGAAUUUCCUCCCACUCUAGUAAUUCAGUUCUAAACCUCAUUUGUGGAAGCAUGAAGGGAUGGUUUGGUUAAAAACAAUGGAAACUGCAACAGUUGAUUGCAUUGUGUCUUGGAUUUUACUCUGGUUCUGACUGGAGGACCUUAUUCGGAACAUUUACCCCUGAUUGCAUUCGAUUCAGUUGGAAAACGUUGCAAAUCUCAUGCAAAUGAAUGUCAUUCCUGUUAUUGAGAAAAUCCAUGUUUCCUCUCUUUCACAGGGAUUGGCUGGAAUAAAGGGAGAAAAGGGAGAGAGGGUAUGUACUGUAUCUUUUGGACACAUCAUAACUUUUCAGAGUAGCAUUACCUUGUCUCACCAAAAUGUGUCUGUUUUCCAGGGAGACUUUGCAUCUCAAAAUCUGAUGCGCUCCAUUGCCAGACAAGUUUGCGAACAGCUUGUGAACAGUGAGUGGCAAUUUAGAACUUCAUAAACCAGCAUUGGUUUGGUACACAAACACACACUGGAUUCAUUGUCUGACAUCAUAUCUUUAUUCAUUCCUCUCAGGUCAAAUGAGCAGAAUUGAUAAUAUGAUCAACCAGAUCCCCACUGGUUACCGUAGCAACAACCCGGGCCCUGCCGGCCCCCCUGGUCCUGCCGGUAACACGGGUCCUCGUGGAGAACCUGGACAGACUGGCCGAAACGGUUUCCCUGGAAACCCCGGCUUACCUGGAAACCAAGGAGAGAGAGGUGAGUGUGAGAUGUGCCAUUUAUCUGUUGUUUUUUGUUUGCCUGUUAAAAUUACAACCUAUCAGAGAUGCAGAACUUAAAGUUGUGACUUACAUGUAGGACACAGUCUGUGCUCUUGUUUAUCCUAUGUAACCUCAUAGCAAAACGUCUGGAGUAGCAUUGCAACUUUUACAACAAUGGUAUAAUUAAAUAAUGACAAGAGCACAGAGAUCAAAUGGCAGUUUUGAUUGCAAGCAAUUGUGCAUAACCCCAUCUACAGUAGUCUGAACAUAUAGGGUUGAAGUUGGAACGUGACAUCAUGCUAAGACCUGAUGGUCAUCUGCCAUCAUGCUUCACUUCCUACAGUAAAUCUGAUUUACUGUAUGCUACAAUUUCCUCCAUCCUCAAACAUGCUCAUUUGUGGUUUCAAGAACAGUUAUUUUCUGUAACAGAUACAUUGUACUGUACAAUGGGAUCUUUUGUCAUUGCUAAUAACCCGUUCUCUGUGUCUGAUUGUUCUGUUGCAGGGACGCCAGGAGAAAAGGGAGAGCGAGGAUCCCCUGGAACAGGACAGAGAGGACUCAGUGGUCCGCCUGGUAAGACCUCGGACCUCACUCCUCACUUCUCAUGUACAAUAACCCAAUGCCUCUUCCAAGGUCCCCCCCAUCUCACAAGAAAACAGGGACUAUUAAUGCAAGCCUCUGACUCUAAUUAACCUCAUAUACCUUAACAAUCAGGCAUGGAACAUAAGAAUCUUCCUGCAUAUUUACUCUAAACGGUUGUUUUCAACAGCUGGAGACAGUAUGUUCCCAUUCACUACAGUUCUAACCUAGUCUUACCAUGGCAGCCAUUUUGUUCUACAUGCUCUACUUGGACCUCUCUUUGUGACCUUUAGAACUCCUCCCAGUGCAAUCUAAAUGACAGACCCAAGGGGCAGGCCAAGAUUUACCUAGCUGUGUCUCAAGAACCUUCGUUUGGGCCGCUGUGCUUCAUAAAUUCUUAGUGAACGGUCAAAUGUAUUCCCAGCAAAACACUUUUAUUUUCUAGAGAGAAUUUAUGCUUCUUCUUCAUGGGAUCGGUCCACACAGAUGUGUUCACACGUUUGCCAUGGGAAUUAAAGUUCCUCUUGAUCAACAUACCACAAGUCUGACGAUGGAAGAUCAACAUACAGUAUUAUACAACAAAUGACUGAGGGCCUAGGUCUAUUUCUGAAUGAAGGAUUCAAUAUGUGCUGAUGCAUUAUAGCUCCUAUUUUCUCUUAUCAAAAUAAUCUACAGUGCCUUGCAAAAGUAUUCAUCCCCCUUGGCGUUUUUCCUAUUUUGUUGCAUUACAACCUGUAAUUUAUAUGGAUUUCUAUUUGGAUUUCAUGUAAUGGACAUACACAAAAUAGUCCAAAUAGGUGAAGUCAAAUGAAAAAAUAACUUGUUUGGUGCGUGCAUAUGUAUUCACCCCCUUUGCUAUGAAGCCCCUAAAUAAGACCUGGUGCAACCAAUUACCUUCAGAAGUCACAUAAUGAGUUAAAUAAAGAUCUGUCACAUGAUCUCAGUAUAUAUACACCUGUUCUGAAAGCCCCCAGAGUCUGCAACACCACUAAGCAAGGGGCACCACCAAGCAAGCGGCACCAUGAAGACCAAGGUGCUCUCCAAACAGGUCAGGGACAAAGUUGUGGAGAAGUACAGAUCAGGGUUGGGUUAUAAAAAAAUAUCAGAAACUUUGAACAUCCCACGGAGCACCAUUAAAUCCAUUAUUAAAAAAUUGAAAGAAUAUGGCACCACAACAAACCUGCCAAGAGAGGGCUGCCCACCAAAACUCACAGACCAGGCAAGGAGGGCAUUAAUCAGAGAGGCAACAAAGAGACCAAAGAUAACCCUGAAGGAGCUGCAAAGCUCCACAGCGGAGAUUGGAGUAUCUGUCCAUAGGACCACUUUAAGCCGUAAACUCCCCAGAGCUGGGCUUUACGGAAGAGUGGCCAGAAAAAAGCCAUUGCUUGAAGAAAAAAAUGAGCAAACACGUUUGGUGUUCGCCAAAAGGCAUGUAUUUCUUGUUUGUUUCACAAUAAAACAUAUUUUGCAUCUUCAAAGUGGUAGGCAUGUUGUGUAAAUCAAAUGAUACAAACCCCCAAAAAAUCCAUUUUAAUUCUAGGUUGUAAGGCAACAAAUUAGGAAAAAUGCCAAAAGGGGGGUGAAUACUUUCUCAAGCCACUGUACCUCUAUUCAUUCACCAGUGAUCCCAAACCCAUUCUAGAAAUGGCUGAGGAUUAGUCUCUAGUAAGAGUUUUAUUCACUGUUGAUACUAUUCUGUCAUCAUGGAGACCCCUUUAACAUAGCAUUCCCCUUUAAUUGAAAUUCAGCAUGUAAAGGCCCUGAGUCCCCAGAAGCUUUCAUAUCACAGGGGCUAGUGGAAAUAUCAUGCAAGUCAUUGAUGUCUACUUUUCCCCUCCAGUCGAACACUGCCAAGUCUGUUUCUGUGAAUGAAGUGAGACACAACUGAGCAGCAGAGGGAGUAAGCUAGCUAGUGAUGAUUACUCAUUGUUGAGUGGGAGAAUCAGAUUUUUGUACAAUGAGCAUUGCUUUGGUGGCUCCUUCAUUGACAACACAUGUGCUCACUUAAGAGAGCAAGAGCGAGCGAGAGAGUGCUGGGGAAAAUUCCAUCCUUGGUUUGUACUGUCUAGACAGACUGGGAUAGGGGGUAACUCCACACAGCCCUGACUGGCUCCCUUUUUUUCAGACUUUUAAUUGAGCCGUCUAAAUAUCUAAAUUACAGUGGUAGAAACCUCCACUUCCAGUUGGGAUUUAAGGGUAAUGUCAGUGGGGUUUCGCUCUGAGUCUGACCAUUCGUUAUUUAAUUCCCACAUCCCACCUUCCUCUAUCUACUCCCAGGGCCACCAGGUGAGGCUCGGACCGGCCCCACAGGUGCUACGGGCUCUGCUGGGCCUCGUGGCUCUCCUGGUCGCCAGGGAACCCCAGGAGUGAGGGGACCACCUGGGCCCCCUGGCUACUGUGACUCCUCCCAGUGUGUUGGCAUUCCUUACAAUGGGCAAGGCUACCCAGGUAUGUUCACGACUGACUGAAUCUCUAUCUGCAUGGCAGGAUAGCUGAAUACAUAGUGAAUGUAUGAAUGUAACGUAUGCACACACAUUUAUUUACAACUUACAGAGAGAUAUGUACUCAACAGCUAACUUUCUGCUCUGGUUCAAUGAAUGGAGACCAUGGGUUUCAAGGGUUUUUAACAAAAGUGCAAUGUUGAUAUUCAGCUAUAAGUACCCAGUUCCAUUUGAUCCAACAAACCUUCUGCAAAUGGAACAGUGGACUUAUCUUAGUGCCCACAACAGGCUUUUCACAACAUUAUGAACCCUUUACUUCCAAGGUCUCAAUAUGUUUGUUAUAGAGUAGAUAUUCAUAAUAGCAUGUAAAACACUGCCAAGUAGAAAUAGAAAUGGCAAAUAACUUUCUCCAACAGAGAGAUCUAACCCCCUGUUUGAACUGUUUUCAGGUCGGUCCUAGUAAACUUUCUAAGGCGCCUGUGCCGCUUACACUUUGAAGUCCUGUUUCUGAGAUGUUAGCUCACUGGCUAAUGAGCCCGUAAGGAUAACCAUCGUGGACAUAACUAAUGAACAACGUUAAAAACCCAAAACGAGAAAGAAAGGAGUGGACUGGCACUAACACCACUUCACAGCUACUAUCAGACAAGCUGAGAUGGCAACCCUACUGGCCUGUUUGCAUCUUGAACAAAAACCCCAGCAAACUGAGAGAGGGCUUCUCUACGCAGGAAGGAGCAUGUAAAAAAUUAAAAUAAAACAAUACUAAUAAAUUGGAUCUCAUAACAAAAGAACAACAGUGUUAACAUGUAGACGUGAUAUCUGUAAAUAAACUAAUUGUGCCUUGUAAAUUAUGUUUGAACCACACAAUCCACUAAAACCAGUUAACAUCUGUAUUGAGCUUGUGCCUUAUAACCCGCUUCUUACUGACUUACUGCCAGCAUAACCUCUGUUUUAUUAUGAUGCCUGAGUGAUUUACACAGCUUGUGCUCUGGUCAAACUGAAGCAUGUGCCAUUUGUACAUUUAAUAAUGAUGUUCUUUGUAUGUUUGCCUAAUCUAUGCUAAAUGUUAUUUCCCUGCCAUUUUCUUCAUUUAAAAAAAAUAUAUAUAUACAUCGUAUUAGUUCAUUUGCUGUAGAACACUUGUUUUCUAAUACCUCAGUGGGUUUUAGGACUAGCAAUAGGAUAUAGGCUAGAGCAAGAGAUUAGUGGCAGUGUCGUCUUAGUGUUUUGUUACAAAUUCCAUCCCAGCUGUAUUACUUGUAUUGGUAUUUAUCUUUAUUUGGGGUGUGUGUUCAAUAUGGUUGAUUGUUGUCAAUAACAUUAAGUGCUAGAGUGCAUGGAAUCACUAACAUUCUUAGAAACAGAGAAUUUAGGUCCAUACAGUGAAUACCUUGGUUGAUUAUUCAUGUUUAGGAGAUAGUCAAAGGUUUAGGUUGUACAUUGUGCAUGUCAACUCUGAGACUGUCGACUAAAGUCCUGUUUGAUUGGCAAACUAAUAUUUCUAGCCACCGGCUACGAGCCCGAUCCUGAAACCUACGUAGUCCCUAUACCUGAGGAAGAAUCGGAAGACGAAUCUGAGGCUAUACAGUCGCCUGGUUACUCACGAAACCAGAGAGGAAAGAGGUCACUAUCAAGAGAUGAUACAGAGAGGAUAGCACCA